AUGCUGGCUCUUCCUGGCCUCCACAGACAGCAGAUUGUGGUGCCAAGUUCUUCUAUGACUGAAACCCAGAGCCCAGGCUGGCUCGAAAGUGUAAUUGUGAUUCCAUUUACUCAUCAUACAAAGCUCAACCUGGUAAAAUGCAUACAACUUCAUACCCCCCCCUUUUUGUGUGUCCCUCAGUUAUUAAGAGGAUCAAACCCGAACCAAACCAUGAAUAAUGAUUUAUUUUCAUUCAUAUGUGCAUUCAUAUUUUCACUGUUAUUUAUGCAAUUAGAACAAGACAUUCUGUGCUUUUGAGCUGCAAAUUAAUCAUUGAUCCUUUGGAACUUAGAUUCCUGUGCCUUCUUGUUUUGUACAGAGUUAAUUUGGAACUUUGAACUUUUUCCAUCUCAUAGCCACGGUUGUUAAUUAACAGGUAUCUCCUAAGGUUAAAAUCCAUUUAGUGCCAUUUCUCCUUUAACGGUGUUUGCCUGUAGCUUACACUGCCUGUUUCUUCCUUCUACUUUCUCCUGAAGAAAGUUGCUAUGGAGCAGUUUGCUUCACUUCACAUCUUACUCAGGCGAAUCUAGGAUGUUUCCUUUCUGUUAGUGGACUGAGAAGCUGAGUUGUUUUCCUGGAAAUUGUGUAUUUCAUGGAGUUGUGUAUUUCCCCAAAGUCAUCUUAAGAAAAGUUGCACCGUAUUCUGUGUGACUGCAUGACAAACAUAUGACACAAGUCAAUUGCAGUAGAGUUGGUAGACAGAGACUUACAGUCCCAUACAUGCCUACUCAAAAGUAAGCUCCACUGAGUUGAAUGGCAUUCACCCCAGGAAAGCAAGUAAACCAGGAAAAUAAACCAGGAUUCCUGGCUUAGCAUUAUGUCUGAAUUGGGGAUUGUGGUUUAUUUCGGUCUAAUAAACAAUUAUCAGUAACUGACUACGGCAGGGGUCAGCAAACUUUUUCUGCAGGGGGCCGGUCCACUGUCCCUCAGACCUUGGGGAGACUAUAUUGGGGGGGAUUCCCCCCCCCACUGACUCUCCCCUACCUUCUCCACAGCACUGGAUGAGCCCCAGUGGCUGCUUACCUAUGCCUUGCGAGUGGCAGGGGCUGGCAGCAGUGGCAGAGGAACGAUGAACGGCACGAAAGGGCUGGCUCUGGAGAGGGGCUGCUUAAAAUGGUGCUCAGCCAACUGCAGCUCAACAAAGCCCAGCCCCCUUCCUCCUCUAGGCAGGGCAGGGAGAAGCCAGGAGGAGGGAGGGAGGCGCCGCUGUGGUGUGUGUGAGGGAGGGAGGGGGAAUGGCGCAGCCUGAACGAUCAGAAUCCCCACGCCGAUCCACGCGGUGAUUCCCGGACUGUCCGCGGUCCGGAUCCAGAAGGCAAUUGGGCCAGAUCCAGCCCCCAGGCCUUGGUUUGCCUACCCAUGGACUACAGCUUGUAGUUCACUGCGACCAAAACAACCCAGAUUGGUGUUCAUGGUGAACCAUUAACUAUGGAUGACUGUAAUGUGUGAAAAGGCCCAUUGAUUCUAGAUUCAUCUUUAAAACUUUGGUCCUCAAUAUCUAUCCAUCUCCAUUUUGUUUGGUCAAAUCUCAGUUGAUAAUCUUCUUUUACCUUUAAUGGUUUCAUUCUGCUAACUGCCAACACAAGGCUUUCCAGCCAGUUUUAAAAAUAUAUUAUUGUUUGUUAUGUCUCUCAGUGCUAACCCACUUUUUCUCCUCAGCAUGGAGGCCAAGCAGCAGAAACGACACUCAGCAUGUUAGGUCCACCCCACUGUCACAGUCAAUAAAACCAAACACAACAAAUAAACACAGUGGAAGCAACAAGUGAGGCCUUUUCACAGCUGGCCAGAAAUAAUAUAAAUGAGAAGCAGCUGAGUGAGAAAAAUAAUUGAGUUGGAUUGGACUGGCCAAGCGUUUUAAAAAGGCUUAAAAUAACCCGCAGCUAAUUGCCAUAAAGAAAAGCUGAGUUAAAAAUACAACCACAGAUGUAUUUGAGACAAUUGAUAUAAUGUUCUUUAGAUUUCAGAAGCUGAUGUUGCUCCCUGGAAACUUUAAAUAGACAGUUUCAAGUCAAUAAUUAUUUGAGUUUUGCAGCCCAGCCCUGUGCAUGUAUCCUCAGAAACAACUCCUGCUGAGUUAAAUGGUCUUACUUCCAAGUAAGUGACUAAGAUUGCACCCAUGUAGUGCAAACCAAUGCACACUUACUCAGAAGUAGGUCCCAGCCUGCUCAGUGGUAUUCACUCAACUGAGGCAGUCUUUAAGUACAAGCUUAUGUAUCCUUACUUGGAAAUAUGGUUUUCUGUGCUCAGUGGGGAUUAUUCCUAGGUAAGUGUGUAUAGAACUGCAGUCUGACAGUGCAAUCCUAUAUUCAGAAGUCCCAUUGAGUUUAAUGGAGCUUAUUCACAGGUAAGUGGGUGCAAUAUUACAGCCUUAGGAGUAUGACAAUUACAGCCAAAUGACUGAUAGCACAAUCCAGUGCAUUUAAAAAGGUAAAGGUACCCCUGACCGUUAAGUCCAGUCACGGACGGCUCUGGGGUUAUGGCACUCAUCUCGCUUUAUUGGCUGAGGGAGCUGGCGUACAGCUUCCAGGUUAUGUGGCCGGCAUGACUAAGCCACUUCUGGCUAACCAGAGCAGUGCACAGAAACGCCGUUUACCUUCCCGCCGGAGCGGUACCUAUUUAUCUAUUUGCACUUUGAUGUGCUUUCGAACUGCUAGGUUGGCAGGAGCAGGGACCGAGCAAUGGGAGCUCACCCCAUCGUGGGGAUUCGAACCGCCGACCUUCUGAUCGGCAAGCCCUAGGCUCAGUGGUUUAGACCACAGCGCCACUUGCCACUCCAAUGCAUAAACUCCAGGACACACCCAGCCUAUUUCCCUCUCUCAACAGUUGGCUAACAGUUAUAGGUGCCAACUCCCUGGGGCCCUGGGUGCCCAAGCACCCACAAAAUUUCCCAUGAAGGGGCUAGGCAUCCACAAAUUUCGGUGCUAGGGCCAUACAGCCCCAGGCACCCAGGGUUGCAGGGCCCAACUGGCACUCCUGUUAACAGUUUAGCAGUAAUGGUCUCUAUACAGUAUAGAGAUGGUGCCUUUGUGGGUAGCUCAGCUGGCAGAGCACAAGACCCUUAAUCUCAGCGCCGCAGGUUCGAGCCUCCCUCUGGGCAAAUAGAUUUCUGCAUUGCAGGGAGUUGGACUAGACAAGCUUAGUGGUCCCUUCCAACUCUAUGAUAGGGCAGUAUCUGAGGAACUAUAGGCCACAGAAGCGUCUGCUGGCCUUUUAAGGCCGCCACAGAACUCUUGUUGUAGCAAGCUACGAGACAACGCUGGCCCAGGGAGCGAAUGCCACUAUUCGCUACCCUAAGCAACUCUUGGGGGAGGAAGAGGUGCAAUUCAAUGGCCAAGCAGGCGGGCUGACAGCAAAUCCGGGUCGUAGCCAAAUGCCAUUCCUGAGGCUCACCCUGCUCUACACGUGUACCAGUUUCCGCAGCCGGACCUAUGGGGACUAGCGUUCAAAAUUCCCAUUGUUCUAGGUGCAUUAUUGCAACAGGGAAUUUCAUUAGCGCGAGCCGUUUUUGAGCUCCAGGCUCAGUACUGCACCUAAGAUUUUUGAUUAAAACUGCGGUGUGGAAGGAAAGGAGGACCUUUUCUGCCUCCUCACUUCCAGCCCCUCUCUGAAGACUGGAGAAGAGACCCUCUUAAGAAUGUUAGGGGGUGGGCAGGGGAAGGACCAGACCCUGUGGAAAACGAACAUAAUAUUUUAUCCACCAUUCAUUCAUUUUAAGCACUGUAUUCUUGUUAUAAAAAAAGCAUGCCUAGACAUUCUGUGGUUGCACCCAUAACCUUAGGGCUGCCAUAUGUCCGGAUUUUUCUGGACAUUACCGGGAUUUCAAUGGCGGAAUGGACAUAGGGGUGGUGGGGUUUCUGAAAAGUGGCAUUUUGUCCUGGAUCUUAGGCAAGUCAAUUGAAAAAUCACUUAUUUUGGCAUUCUCGUAAAGAAAAGACCAACAAUUUUGGGGUCUCCCUAAAGAAAAGCUCAACAAUUUUGGGGGUCUCCUUAAAGAAAAAGCUCAACAAUUUUGGGUUUUCCCUAAAGAAAUCUCAAUUUUGGGACCUUCCUUUUGAAAAGCUCAAUAACUUUCGGGUUGUCCUGGUUUUUACUUUUUGAAAUAUGGCAACCCUACAUAACCUAGGUUUAAAGUGCUAUUUAGCGCCUAGCUUUCAUAUCUCUGUUUCUAGCAUUGAUUGGAGCUUUCAGGUGCAGGCGCGGCGACGGGACCGGGCCAGCCAGCCAGCAGGCGCGUGGCGAGCUCCCCUUGCCGGCGGCCCUGUCGCACGCCGCGCCUGCACCUGAACCUGAACCCGGGCGCGCGCCGGGGUAGUGGGGGUGGGGAAGAGAGGAAAGGCGUCUCCCGGAAUCACAUGGGCUUCGCCGCCGGUGCCAUUGGCUGCGGCCAAUGCGCUGAAGGCGCUUGCAAGGGGGCAGAGAGACCGGCGAAGGGGCGGCCGCACGUCUUCCUCUUUUUCUUCUUCUUCUUCUUCUUCUCCUCGCCAAGGCCGAAGACGCGCUCCUGGAGUUGCGUGGGGGGGUUGCAGCCCGAGCCGGGGGUCGCCGCGGCAGCUCGGCUUCCUGGGGCUCCGCUUUGCCGCCUUUGCUUCUCCCCCUCUCCUCAUGGCUCCGCCGCCGGAGUGACCCACUUUUGAGGUGCGUAAAAGCGCGGCGCGUCUGGACAUUCCCCGGCGCGCCUUGGCGCGCGGCGCCCAGGGGGAUCCCCGGCGAAACCGCAGCGCCGGCGGUGCCGAGGGUUUUGCGCGCCCCUUUGCAACAGCCCUUGCAAGGCAGCUCGGUGCUGGUAUCCCCGAAGGUAGUCUUUGGAGGGCCGAGGCCGGAAAAGAAAGGUUGCCCAACUUGGUUACUUGUAGCCUUAUCCUCGGUACUUGCUGGCUGUGCUCGCGCAGGUAAGUAAGUGGGCGAAGGACCGCAGCCUUAGAAAUAGUUCCAGGGGUGCCAAGUUGAAUGACAUAUUGGGGCAACCCCAUCCCACAUAAUCGAUCGCACGCACAUCAUUCGAAUGACAAUGCCCAUCAACUGUGGGGUGCCCCGGCUCCCUCAAAUAUUUUACUUUUGCGGGGAGGGGGCGAAGAGAUCUCGGCAGCCCCUGGGAGUUGGCUCCUGUGUAAAGUCUUAUUGAAGCCACUGAGGUGUCACUUCUGAACAGGCUGUCAUAUUGCUGCGCUCUAAAGUGCCUAGUCAGGCGGGAGACCUCAUGCUUUUGCCGUUCAGUCUUUGCCUCUGUGCCGCGCGAGGUCUCUGUCUGCAAAAAAUGAUGCAGCCUCUCUUGUCCUCAGCUGAACUUCCGGCUGCUGCUGGGGCUGCGUGAGACUUGUAGAUUGUCAUGGCUUAUUUCAUAGCCUUCCCCUUCUAAGAGGCCGAGCAUACGCAUGGAGGAUGCGAAAUAAUAAAGAGAAGAGGGUCUCUGGCAACGUGCAGAGUGCGCCUUCUCUUCCACAGCAUAAAGACGCAGCCAGGUUUCCAGCCUCGGCAUUACAUUGUCCUUUGCCGUUCUUGCAAAUUAAAGGGGGAGGGGGUGGAUUUCAAAUUGCCUGACCAUACUUUAUGACUGCAAUCAGCUUCAUUUGCAAGAUAAGAACAGUUAUAACAAAAUAAAUGCUGUAUGUUAAACAGCAGCCUUAUACUCCAGAUCACUGCACCGGAUAAAAAUUGAAUGCAGUUCCCCAUCCCGUUUUGUUUCAGAAAGUCAAACGUCCCAAUUGGAUUUGAAAUCCUUCACCCCCUAGUUUAAAUAGGCAGGUGUAAAGGAAGUGUUUUUUGGCACGCUUAUUGGAAGGGGAAAUGCAGAGCUGGUGUGAGUGGCCCCGCAAGAGUGAGAAAUGAUGCAGAUGCCUCCGAAUGAUGCAUUAUGUCUAAUGGGCCAAAGAGAUCCAAAGCAGAUGAUGCUGGUUUGUGAGAAAUGCUCAGAGCCUUUGCCACUUCACUAGGAUAUGAUGCAUCUUGUUACCAGAUCUGAUGCUUCCAGCUCAUGCUGGCGUUGUGCAGGGCAAUUGGAAUGCAUCCAGCAGUUUAGCAAGUCCGCUGAAGCUGGGAAGGCUAAUAUACUCAGAUUAAAUUCCUUUGUGAAAGUCCUUUGUUCUCUCUCUCUGUCUCUCUCCUCCUCCUCCUGCCAAUAGUGACUUGCCUCAGGGACAUCCAUAAAUACAGAGAAUAGAAUCUGCAGCAGAGAGGAAAAAGGGGUAACUAAUUUUGCAGCCGAUAUGAAAGAAAUAAUAAUGAUUGACUGGCAGAAAGGAAGGAGGAGGGUUCAUUUCUCCCUGGCUCAGUAACUCUGCUGCAAGAGAACAGGAGGCAGGGCAGAGCUGUGGAAGUGGGAAUUCAAGGUGGUUAAGGGCAGAAAGCCUUUUGCCCUUUCAUUAAGAGUUGCUCUAUUACUUCAUGGUUCCUUCCAACAGUCAUUUAUGCCCUGGAAAACCAUAGGUUGUUCCACAUUGCGAAAAUAGGCACGUCAAAAGGAUUGGUUCCUGUCCAGUAGCCUGCCCACAAUAUAGCUGGUUUAUAGUGAAUAAGUAGUCUGACGCCAAGCUGAAGUCUCAGGCCAAGCUAUGCAAGUUCUUUACUCAUUCCCAUCUUUUUGGGAGAUAAAAGAGCUCCAUUAUCCCUGCUUAGUGUUAUACCGGCUAGAAAAGAGAAAGUUGAGGAUUUCAGUAUGAAUUUCUGUCAGGAUAAGAUGUACCUCUUGGAUCUAAUUCAACUUUUGGCUAGGCAUAUAAGGUUUAGAAAUAUACUUAAUUGCUAGGAGUUACUAGCGUGUGAUUGACAAUCUGCGUUCAAUGUGUCUGAUGAGGAUUUUCUUGGAAAUAUCAAGGGGGGUUUUAAAAUAAAAAAUGCCCUAAAUUGAUUGGGGCCUAAUUUAGUGUGCUAUUUGACUUGUAUCCCCCCCCCAAAAAAAAUAUUAUUUCAAAUACAUGGCUUUUGAGGGGUAGUUGAAGUGCUGUUUAUGUAGUUUAAAUUAUAUAUAUUUGAAGGUUUGCUUGGAAAUUAUGUUGGAAUACUUAUUAAGUAUUUUGGAAUAUGACAACUCAAGAGCAUACACUUCCUUACAUUGUUUAAAAUUGAUUUAUUUUUUUUUAAAUCGAGGCACUGAAAAAUAAAGCACAAUUUUUUGCAUGCACAAAACAGCUGUGUGUUUAUGUUUGUGCCUGCAUCUUUCUAGGAAUAGUCAUGGCGCAAAAUAAUGGCACUUUCAGGCUGCCCAUUUGGCUGGCAUUUGACAGAAAAAACAAAGCAGCAGAUGGACUGCUUCUUGCUCCACAUCACUGGUGACAAUAAUUAAUGUUGAGGUGCGGCUGGUGGACGUCUAACUAUUCCAUAGUGCCAUUUGUCCACCUAUGAGUGUGAGAUGGUUUUAGGAUCUUUUGAAGGCUGUUUGUAAAGGCCUGCAAAAGAAAAAGAAAAAGAUGAGAAGUUUGUGGGCAGCAGAAAGUCUGGGGGAAAUGGCUAAUGCAACACUUCAGUGGUGUUUCUACAAUGCCCCCCCCCAUAUGCAACACACGUGUAACCUAGAAUACAUUGGGUGAGAUCAAAUGUUGUCUUUGCUUGGGUAGUGGGGGAGCCAGUGUUGUUCCACAAGCUGAAUUUUCUGCACAAGUUGAAGUAGUGUCGCAGUAGAAGACAGCAUCCGAUAGGUUAACAUGGUGCAAUACUUUCCCCAGCCAAAGCCGUCCGUUGAAUUUGGCUGUCGCAAGCGGAAUCGCUGUCGCUCUAGCAGCGCUGCCAAAAUUGAAUCUUAUUUGUUGAUGUGUGGAGAAAUUGCGCGUAUAAUUUUUAUGGAUGGAGUGCUCAUUCUGUGGGAGCACUGUUCCCAUAGUUAUGAAACUUAAAACGGUUAUGAAAGCAGAUUUUUUGUUUGCUUCUUUGUCUUUCCUUCCCCAAAUGGUCAAAAAGAGAAGGAAAGAGGCCUUCUAGAGCAAGCGAAGAACAACAGCAAGCGUGAUUUUAAAAAUACCAAUAAGGGUGAUAUUGUGUGACGGAAAUAUAAGACACAAACAAUUCUGGCUCCAGGAUUUGGGGGCCCUUGGGCAUGGCGCCAUCAAUGAAGCCGCUUCACCUGGAAGAAUCGGAACCUGCAAACACAAUUCUCUACGACUCCGUGAAGUUGAAAUGAUAGUCCUGUUAAGGCAGCGGAUCCUGUGAAAUGCCCAAACCUCCACCUUCUGGAGUUGGUUGUAUGCAUAUUAUGGUGUCUGAAACUCACUCUGAAAAUUGUAGUGUAACCAUUGUUGUAGUUUAACCAUGGUAUAUUGCGGCUUUGUUCAAUCUGAUGGCUUCAGAUGUUUUCGACUUCAACUCUCAUCAUCUCUUGCUGUUGGCCAUGCCGACUGCAGAAGAUAGGACUUGUCGUCCAAAACAUCUGGCUGGCAUUAGGUUGGGGAAGGUUGGCCCGCAGGGACAUUGCUAUCAUUUUUAAAAACUUCAUAUUUGAUCAUCUAAAUGUGACUACUUAGCCAUGAUCUACGUUGGUAGCAGUGAGCUGCUACUUGGUUUCCCCUCCUUUCCUUUAGCAGGGUGAAUGGUUGGACUAUGUGUAAUUUAGCUAGAUUAAAACAUGACAAGGAACACCUGUUUGGAUCCUUUUCUCCCAAGAUCCCCUGCGUUCCCAAAAUUGUCUCUUUAGCAGCAACUUUAGGUAGUCAUUACCAUAACAAUUAUGUGAUUUGCUGUAAUUUCAAGAACUGGUCCCUGAAUUUGCUUCUUUUCCUCUUCCCUUAUCUAGUCUUGUGCCUGUUAGAUUCUGAGCAUUUAUAUAGACCAGACUGUCCAACUUUUCAUACCAAGUGGACUGCAGGCUGCACACAUGGGGAGGGGGGAGUGAACCCCAAAUCUGGUACCUCCCUAGCUCUAACACUGCCUUUCCAAAGCCUGCUAAGUAAGGUGCUGGGCUUUGGGAAGGAGCCGUGAGGUCCUGGAGCCCUCCCACUUCCUUCCCAAAGCUGGGAAAGUGCCAACUAGGCUUUAGGAAGGAGGUAGGAAGACUCUGGGACACGGGUGGUGCUGUGGGUUAAACCACAGAGCCUAGGACUUGCCGAUCAGAAGGCUGGCGGUUCGAAUCCCCAUGAUGGGGUGAGUUCCUGUUGCUCGGUCCCUGCUCCUGCCAACCUAGCAGUUUGAAAUCACGGCAAAGUGCAAGUAGAUAAAUAGGUACCGCUCCGGCGGGAAGGUAAACGGCGUUUCCGUACGCUGCUCUGGUUCGCCAGAAGCGGCUUAGUCAUGCUGGCCACAUGACCCGGAAGCUGUACGCCGACUCCCUCGGCCAGUAAAGUGAGAUGAGCGCCGCAACCCCAGAGUCAGCCACGACUUGACCUAAUGGUCAGGGGUCCCUUUACCCUUAGGAAGACUCUGGGACCCUGUCAGAGCCCUCACACCUCCUUCCCAAAGCCCAGCUUUGGGAAGGCAGCCUGAGGGUGAGGGGGGGCAUCAAUUGUUGCCAAGGGCCACCCAAAAGGGGCCUUGAGGGCCACAUGUAGCCCUUGGGCCACACAUUGAACCACCCUGAUAUAGACUGCCUUAUUUCUUUACAUUAUUGUUCAUGUGCAGUGUUUGGAAAGUUUAGGUGUUUAAUGGAUAAUUAAAAAUAAAAUUGCUUUUCACACGGGCUUCCUUGGUAAUGCUGCCACUCUAAGAUGUGUGGGCCACCCGGACAGGGCAUUCUCUGUGGUAGCCCCUAAAUUGUGAAUCUUCCUCCCAGCAGAAACACUUCUAGCUUCUUCAUUAUACAUGUUCCAUACUAUGCUGAAGACUCACUGCUUGACUCAGGCCUUGGACAGGUGGGAUUUUUUUAAAUUUUAUUUUUUGUGGGAUACAUCUCUUGUUUUGGUCAAUCCGCACUGUGCUGCUUUUCCUUGGAAUUGCCUUACUUGCUUUUAUAAUUGCAUGCACAACUGCCUUACUUCUUUUAUUUCUUUUUAAUUGCUUGAUUGUAAUGCUGCAACAGGGCCCCGGUACCUCAUAGCGAAAGGAGGUAAACCUCUUAAAAACAAUCAAACCUGCAAACUCGAUAUCCUUAUUGAAUUGGACAGGUUUCCGCCUUUAAAGAGUCCUGAGAAUAUAUAUUUUUUUAAUUGGCGCAGGCUUCGUAAAACAACACCAACCUUGAGUCGAAGACUUUCGUCAUCUCUGGUGAAGUGGUUUGCUUUAAAAGUCACUGUUGCCCUGAAGAGUCUAGAAGUUCUCCUCCCCCCCACCCCCACCCCCGCUUUCUUUGUGACUCCCCAGCCCCCCUUCUCCUUGAUCACAUCUGCUGUUUGGUCAUUUUCCCUUCUCGCUCUGUGGUGGGUUGCGAGAGGAAUUUCUCGCAGUUUCAGAAUCCUUAGUCAUUGCUCACCCUGGCAGCUGCAAAACAACCCUCUUCCUUGUUACUACGUUACUAGCUUGUUCUUGUUGUUAACGUGCUUUACCAACCCCAGGAGAAUUGUCUAGCCCUAAUCCCCGAAGAUUAGACGGGGUCUUGAGGAUUUAGGCUUUGCCUGGACUGAUGAACAGCCCGGUUUCAUUUUGCAAAGGUUUUUAUUGCAGAGUUUACUGACGCCUUCCAUUGUGUUUGUGUGCGUUUUCUUCCCUUGUUCGGGUAAUGGUGUGAUUCCCCCCCCCCCCCCAGGACUGUGCACUAAUGUUUACCAGGAUCUGUCGGAGGCAGAGGAGAUUUGAUCAUUUGCCUCUCCCUGUUCAGAAGAUCAUUUUGACCCGUGAAGCCCUAACUGCAUAUUCACUUGACUAUCUGAUCCGUACACAGUUUUAAUAAUGAAUGGCAUUUAGCUUAUUAAUAUUGGAUAUCGGUAUGCGUGCUGUAUUUUAUCCCAUCCAGGAGCCUUGCGAAUCAACACUUUAAAAGACACUGACAACUUGGCAAUAUAGAUAGACCACACAGCAACCAACAGAGGCAGCCCAUUUGCAAAACAAGCAAACGAACCUUAUUGCUCUCCCAUAUUCACGAUCACAAAGCAUCUGCGCUAUGCUGUAUACAAGUUGGUGCUCACGGAAUGGGCAUAAAUAUGGCUGCAGUAGCCACAAUUCCAUUAUUCGAGGUUUGCAUCCUGACAUUUUCAUUCCUUGGGAACUAGAGGGUUCUGUCUCCCUCCGAGCUAUUUCCAGAUGUUCAGAGCACAAUUUAUGCAGGGCAGAUUAACAUCACAGUAGCACCAAAUCGAUACUGACAGGCAAGCUGUGCACGGAGAGGUAAAGUUUUUACCCGCACAUAGCUUCAGGUGCUCAAUGUGAAAUUACCUUCCUGAAAAGUGUUGGAAUCAAGCCUUUUCAGAAGUUUUAAGUGUGUACUUCAGUGUGGCACCUGAUAGGGGGAUACCUCAUUCUCUCAUGACGUUUGGGUGUGUGGGGUGUUAGGAAAGAUAGUACCUCUGGUGGGGGACACAUCAUGUUCCUUCCGGGGUAGUUUGUCCACCUUUGGUCCCCAUCCUGCACCUGUGGCUUGUGGGAACGGCUUUCACUGUCCAGCUAAACCAGGUGAGGGUAGCCAAUGGGUCUGAAACGCUUGGUAAGUUAGGGACUUCCCCUGCAUGCGAAAACAGACUCUGGUAGAUUGAGCAAACAAGACCAAUAGUGAGUCCAGUGGUCAAGAAGGUUGUUUCUGCAAUUGCUGUAGGGGGAAGUGAGGGCCAGAUGGGGCUUCUCAUCCUGGGAAGCCUAGGACAGGCUUCCUCAACCUCGACCCUCCAGAUGUUUUUGGCCUACAACUCCCAUGAUCCCUAGCUAGCAGGAUCAGUGGUCAGGGUUGAUGGGAACUGUAGUCUCAAAACAUCUGGAGGACCAAGGUUGAGAAAGCCUGAUCUAGGAUAAGGAAAACUCUGAUCCUAAACUACUUCUGCCUUGUGGGAUAUCUUUGGGAGAUGAAAAGGCUAAGGAGUAAACCCUACACAAAUCCAGAAUGGAGUCUCUAAGUUGGUUGGAUGGCACCUUGUACGCCUCCUUCCAGCAACUCCCGCAGCCUAGGAGUUAUUUAUUAAGUGUUUGGGACAAGUACAUACAUAAUCUAUCCAGUUAAAUUUCACAUAGCUGCAUUGAUACAUGGGCUUUGCUUCUGUUCUAAUAGUAUGUUAGAUUCCUUUGAGUUGUGGAAAACAUAGGCAACGUCAUCUAUCCAAAUUAUAGAAUGGAACUGUGAACUCAAGAGAAUGUCUGUCUGGUAGGGAACCUCCAUGGUCUAAAUUUUUACAGCUGAGAUUAUAUAUUUGAGAACUAGUUGAUCAAAUCACAAAUAACAAAUAUGGGGUGAAGAGAUAGGCAUUCAUUCCAAAGUUCAGCAGAUGUGGUCUGAACAUUUAUUUGCUGCAUUCUGAGGCGUUCUUUUUCCAGGACAGAAAAAAAUAUAUAUUCAGACUGCUCCCAUCAAUCUUGGAAUGUCUGCCUUGUCUGUCUUCACUCUUAAAAAGUUUUGAAAAUAACGCUGGGUGGGUGAGCUCAUAAAUUUUGGGGUUUUUUAUUAUUAUUUUAGAGUUCAGCAGGGAAAUGGAGGAAGUCAAGAAUUAUAUGAUGAAUUCAGACCUAUCUGAAAUUGAUAUGGGAUCUAUUUGGUAGUACAGUAAUAACUCCUGAUAUAUAUAUAUUCAUUGUUGGGUCCACUGCAAGGGGGAGGAAGAAACUGCGGAAUCCAGAACCCUGCUGCUGCUCCCACCCACCCCGUGGCUGCUGCUUACAGUGCAAAAUGCCUGUUGACUGCAUUCAUUCAGUUAAUUAAUUACCAAGCCUCAUUUAGCCCCAACUUCUGCACAAUGUGUUCAGGUGUUUGGAGGAAUUAGGGCGCAUUAAUCUGAUAUGUUUGCUGUGGAAUAGUGUUCUGUGGCUAAACAGGGCCACUUAAGUUGUAUCUUAGCCGCUUCUCUUCUGAUGGCACCACCAAAAUGCUCAAGCAGGCAAGUUACAUAAAUACCUAGAAACACAUGAGCUUUCCUUGUGUUGUAAAUAGCUGCUGUGUGGUGCAGGUUCGUCCAGUUGGGACUGUGAUGGCGGCAAAAGGUUAAAGCUCCCCUUCACUUACCAUGCCGGCUGUUGGUUUUGGAAAGAAAGACAGCCAUGCAAGGCCAAACUGUUUGACACUUUUCAUUUGUCCCUUGGCUAGGUAAAGGUAAAGGGACCCCUGAUCAUUAGGUCCAGUCGUGACCGACUCUGGGGUUGCGGCGCUCUUCUCGCUUUAUUGGCCAAGAGAGCCGGCGUACAGCUUCUGGGUCAUGUGGCCAGCAUGAUUAAGCCGCUUCUGGCGAAUCAGAGCAGCGCACGGAAACGCCGUUUACCUUCCCACUAUUUAUCUACUUGCACUUUGACGUGCUUCCGAACUGCUAGGUGGGCAGGAGCAGGGACCGAGCAACGGGAGCUCACCCUGUCGUGGGGAUUCGAACCGCUGACCUUCUGAUCGUUGAGUCCUAGGCUCUGUGGUUUAGCCCACAGCGCCACCCGCGUCCCUUGGCUACCUUACAUUUAUUUCCUCCUCCCGCCAGCCCUGCAGCACAAAUAGCAGCCUGGGGUGUGUGUGAGUGGUUAUGAUUAGCACCAAGGGUUAAAUGCUCAUUUGCCCAGCACCAUUGCUUGGAUCAUGUUGGCAACUUCCUGCACUUGCAUUUCAGUAAUAAACCAAAUAAUCUUGGAAUAGCUCAGUCUGUAGACCAUGCGACUCUUAAUCUCAGGGCCAUGGGUUUGUGUCCCAUGUUGAGUGAAAUAUUCAUGAAUUGCAAGGCGUUGAAAAGAUGACUCUUGCGGCCCCUUCCAAUACAUAGAAUGUUAUUCUGUGAAAUGUUGGGAAAUGCAGUCUCUGAUCUCCAUGCUGUGUGUUGUUUGGCCCUCCCAGAAGAUGCAUUGAUUACAGAGCUUUAUUUCUGGGUUGGGAGUGUCUGCUAUAACUGAACUUUGUUGGAGAACGUUGUCAACAAUGUUGAGAUUUUAACUAUGAAGAAUCUUCUUGUGUUUUUGGCACAGAUUUGUCUCGCAAGUUAACUUGGCAGUCCGGUGCUGUGAGUAAGGCUCAUUUCCACAUCACUAAUUUUAACUGACGUGGCCUCUCUCUCCCUGUCAUGCCAAAAAGUUGCUUUCAUACAAAGGAAUCAAAGGUCCUUUUGAAGUGCGGCACCUCUGUGUUCUUUGCGGCGGCAUUUUCCAGGUCCUGCAAACUGUCAAAGGGGACGGGCAACCAAACAGCUGGGGAAGUCUGCCAGAGAGGACCUUCAUCUUGCAACUGUGCAAAAGCUCUAGGGGUCUGAAAAUUUCUUUGAGGAAGUAGGUUAUAUCUCUUGGAAGUUCCUGGAGAAGAGUAGGCAAGUUAUUUUGCAAUUCAUCUUUAAAGGAAGAGAAAAACCAGUACAAAAUAAGCACCGCUGCACCAAGUCUCGCUUUGACAGGAUUCAGGAAAGAUGCCUUCCGUUUUAGUAUAUUAAUGAGAAUAAGCCUUAGCUUAAGCAUUGCCAUCUGCAACUCCCUCUUUCUUUACCUGACUCCUGUUUCACAGAAGAGAAGAAAGUUUUGUGGGGAAAGACGCAUAAGCCUUACUGGCUGCAAGGAAGAUAUAUAAAUUAAAACAGAUGUUGAUAGUAUAUUUUUUGAAGUGAGUAUUUGAUGCAUUGACUCAUUUAUGCCAUGCAGCCCUGUUAGUGACUUAAGAAUCUAGGAAGUACAGGUGAGCUAUCUAUUUAGGACUGAGAAGAUCAUAUCAAAAUACCCUGAGCUAGAAGGCUACCAAUAGUUUAGUUUGGUAUAUCUGAUGAAAGGUGGUAAUUUUUAAAAAUUAAUUAAUUAAUUAAUAAUUGCAUAUCAUUGUCACAGUUUUGAUGGAUGUAAAAUUUAUACCCCGCCCAUCUGGCUGGGCUUCCCCAGCCACUUUGGGCAGCUUCCAGCAAAAUAUUAAAAAUAUUAAAAUAUUAAAAUACCAUAAAUACAUCAAACAUUAAAAGCUUCCCUAAAUAGGGCUGCCUUCAGAUGUCUUCUAAAAGUCUGGUAGUUGUUCUCUUUGACAUCUGGUGGGAGGGCGUUCCACAGGGCGGCCGCCACUACCGAGAAGGCCCUCUGCCUGGUUCCCUGUAACUUUGUGUCCUUAUUCCAUAAAACUGGUGCAACUUCUCUUCUUGCAGAGUGGUUUUUGAAUUUAUAACAAUGACGGCCAGAAACUUUAUUACUGAAAACUGCAUUUGUUGGUGUUCCAACAAGAGCUAUUGAAAAGUAUUUUGGGAGCCUCACGAUACCUCUGAAGGCAAUGGAGUGAAUAGAAGGCUUUCUGAAUGUCCCCUAGUAGAUGCUAAUCCAGCAACCUCCAGCUACGUUAGUUACUCUACUGUCGUUUAAGACAUUGGCCGGGUUGGCAUGUUAUAUUAAACCAUAGUUAAUGUUCAACAGCGGUUUAAUGUUAAAGAGCAGUGUGAUGGUUCUGCUCAAAAGUCCCAUCUUUGCUCCUCUCUCAGCUUCUGGCUGUGCCAGGAGCAGCAAACAGCAGGCUUGUUGUGCUGUCCGAACCUGGGUUCAUGGUUUGUUCCUCUCCAAAACAAACCAUGGAGUGACCAACAUUUCCUCUUGGCUUAUUGCUCAUAGAUUGUUUGGGGGGGGGGGGAAGAAACCAUGAGCUGGGUUGGCACAACACACCGGGCCGAGGUUUGUGGCAGCUGUUCCCAGCAGGAGAGGAGUGGAGCCGGGAGUUUUGAACAGCCUGCACCAGCCUGCUCCUUGUUCAUGUUAACACCAUAGUUAAAUGUUAACUGUAGCUUCAUGCAGGGUGGAGAAUAUUUUGCUCCCAUCAGUCCCAGACAGCAUGGCCCAUGGCCAGGGAUGAUGGGAGUUGUAGUUCAGCAACAUCAGGAGAGCCAGAUGUUUUAAUGUGACAUUUGACCAUGGCAAAGGAUUUAUGUUUGUGCAGUGUGCCUUCUCUGUCCCUCCCUCCCUCUGUGCAUGUCUUCUUCAAAUCUGUUCCAGAAAGUUGGGGGGAACCCCCAGAACAGAUUUAAGGAGAUGGAGAAAGUCCUGUGGCACAAGCAUAAAUCCUCUCUCUGACAGGACAGUCGCUUAGUGCUCUGUUGGAUAUAACCUGUUUAUUUGGAGAGUACAGUGGUACCUCUGGAUAUGAAUGGAAUCCGUUCCAGAGCCCCGUUCGCAUCCUGAAGUAAACGUAAGACGCGUCUGCGUGUGCACGGGUUGCGUUUUGCCGCUUCUGCGCAUGCGCGUGACGGCAUUUUGAGCAUCUGCGCACGCGCGAGUGGCGAAACCUGGAAGUAACGCGCUCCGUUACUUCCGUGUCGCCGCGGAGCGCAAUCCAAAAAUACUUAACUUGAAGCUACUUCAACCCGAGGUAUGACUAUAAUGUUGUUGGCGCCCAUCUGUCUCGAGAAAAAAUCACAUGCUCCGGCAGGGGUGAAGCCAAACAGCUACAUUAGCAGUACAGUGGUACAUCAGUUUAGAGAGGCUUCAGGUUACGGACUCCGCUAACCCAGAAAUAGUACCUCAGGUUAAGAACUUUGCCUCAGGAUGAGAACAGAAAUUGCAUGGCGGCGGCGCGGUGGCAGCGGGAGGCCCCAUUAGCUAAAGUGGUACCUCAGGUUAAGAACAGUUUCAGGUUAAGAAAGGACUUCCAGAACGAAUUAAGUUCUUCACCCGAGGUACCACUGUACUGAAAUGACCUCUCUGGACCGCAAGCCUGGGCAGUGCGUAUGGGCUGCCCAAAUGACAAGCCCCGCCCCCUCACCCUUACUAACAUGGUCCAAAAGAAAGCAGAGCAAUACGUUUGGCACCAGCUUGUCUACAGGAGUUGCCAGAAGGAGGCAGCCAUCUUAGGGACUCCACUCUGGAUUUGUGUAGGGUUUACUCCUUAGCCUUUUCUUCUCCCAAAGAUAUCCCACAAGGCAUUGCAGGUUUAGGAUCAGCCCCAUCUGCAAAACUUCCUUAUGAAUAAACAUGCAUAACAUUGUGCUUUAAUGUUCUCUUGUGCGACUUCUAUAUAGUUAGACCACGCAAGUCCUUGAAACAUGAAAAAUUACGUGUGAAGUGUUGGGGCAUUCCAGUUGUCUCAUAACUGGGUUUGUAGAUCAGCCUGUAACAUUGGUCUUUAUCUGACAUUUACCUACCAUAUCUUGUAUUGAUAACCAUAAAACUCUGUAUGUACAUUAAGGAGCUUCUGACAUCCUUUGCUUUUGUUCUGUUGGUUCAAGCAAUGUUAACCUGGAUUUUGCUAAUUAGAAAAAGAAGAAGAAGCUGUGUUUGAGAGAACGUGGUUUGUAUAAGCAUCGCUUACAAGGUUGACCAUGGCCAUAAUUUCUGAAAAACGCUCUUUUGCUCACGGUUAGCACUUGAGUGUAAACAGUUUCACAAGAGCAAAUCUAUUGAGGUUGUUUUCAUUAGACUGUCUGUCUAUUCUUGGAAUGUCUGAAAUGUCCUAACAUCUGCUGACAGUAAAUUGUGCAUGCAUGGUUUUCAACAUUGGCCUCAGAUCACAAACAAUAAGUCCAGUGUAAGAAUCUAUUAUAAUACUGAGCAAAUAAAUUGUUCUGAAAACAAGAGAGCAGAAAAGAAAACAUCCCUUAACACUCUCUCUUAACAUGUGGUUUUGGGGUGGGGUUUUUUUGCUACAGAUUUUACAUUGGCUCCUUUUAAUCAGGUUGCUUCAAUGAACAUUUUCGUCGUGUUACCGUAUUUUUCGCUCUAUAAGACGUACCAGACCACAAGACGCACCUAGUUUUGGGAGGAGGAAAACAAGAAAAAAAAAUAUUCUGAAUCUCAGAAGCCAGAACAGCAAGAGGGAUCACUGCGCAGCGAAAGCAGCGAUCCCUCUUGCUGUUCUGGCUUCUGGGAUAGCUGUGCAGCCUGCAUUCACUCCAUAAGACGCACACACAUUUCCCCUUACUUUUUUGGAGGGAAAAAGUGAGUCUUAUAGAGCAAAAAAUACGGUAAUUUGGAGGUUAGUGAUUCCCCCACCCCACCCCCAGCUUAAAGAUCACUAUGUGGAAACAUUGUUUUUUGUUGUAUACCUGGUAGGGUGGCAUUUUUUCUGGCCUGGUAAGCAAUGUUCUAGGCAAAAUUAUGCCAUCUCUUCUUAUUGAAAAACAUGCUUUCAUGCCUAUUUAGUAUUAAAACACCCGUGUGCCGACUCACAUUUUCUGCAUGCAUUCCCAAUUGGCUUCAUAAACAUUCACAGGGGAUCAAGAUUUCAUGCUUAAUCCAGCAAAUAUUUAAGCUGCGAAAAAGGAAAUCUUCGUGUGUCCCACCACAUUUGUGUUGCACAAACUGAUAAGCAAAUUAUUGUUACCUACUUUAUGUGAAGAUCCCUUACUUUUGGUCAGUGAUCUGAAGAACCAUCUAUCUCUACCUCUACCUCUACCUCUAUCUCUAUCUCGCUUGGACUACUGCAAUGCGCUCUACGUGGGGCUACCUUUGAAGGUGACCCGUAAACUACAAAAAUCCAGAAUGCGGCAGCUAGACUGGUGACUGGGGGCGGCUGCCGAGACCACAUAACACCGGUCCUGAGAGAUCUGCAUGGGCUCCCAGUACGUUUCCGAGCACAAUUCAAAGUGUUGGUGUUGACCUUUAAAGCCCUAAAUGGCCUCGGCCCAGUAUAUCUGAAGGAGCGUCUCCACCCCCAUUGUUCUGCCCGGGCGCUGAGGUCCAGUGCCGAGGGCCUUCUGGCAGUUCCCUCAUUGCGAGAAGCAAAGCUACAGGGAACCAGGCAGAGGGGCUUCUUGGUAGUGGCGCCCGCCCUGUGGAACGCCCUCGCACCAGAUGUCAAAGAGAUAAACAACUACCUGACAUUCAGAAGACAUCUUAAGGCAGCCCUGUUCAGGGAAGUUUUUAGUGUAUGACACCUUAGUGUAUUUUUGGUCUUUGUGGAAGCCGCUCAGAGUGGCUGGGGAAACUCAGCCAGAUGGGUGGGGUACAGAUAAGUUGUUGUUGUUGUUGUUGUUGUUGUUAUCUCUAUCUCUAUCAUUACUAGCUCAUUCAGUAGAGCAUGAGUCUCUUAAUUCCAGGGUCGUGGGUUUGAGUCCCACAUUGGGCAAAAGAUUCCUGUAUUCCGGAGGGUUGGACUAGAUGACCCUUGUGGUCCCUUCCAGCACUACAAUUCUUUUAUUAUUCUCUGAACUUGUGCCCUGUUUGCCUGAUGCUUUAUUGUCAUUAUUGCUUUUCUUCCAAAAUACUGAAUGCAUCAUUCAUCCAAAGUUAAUACCUUUCCAAUUAAUUUCAAAGGGAAAAUUUAAGAACACGUUUAAUUCUUUCUUGUACUUUGGAAAGGUUAAAAGUGCUGGGUUAUGCCCUGUGAUUUAGCGCUUUCCCUGUAUCAUUUGACAAAUGAUCCUAUGCCCAUGGUUGGUGAAACCAGAUUCCCUUCUUGGUUGUUGAUAAUUCAGGCAGAAUUGAAGAAGGAAACCAUGAAACGACUCAAAGGAAGGAGGCAUGAAAUCACUACUAAUCGUUCCCUUGAAUCCAUGCUAAGACUUGUUUUUAAAUUACAGAAGUGGCAGAGAGCAAUAGUGUAGCAUGCCUAGAACUAAUUCCGGCUGCUUGUUUUAGCAACAGACCAUUACUUUAAAUCAGCGCUGCAGCUGGUUCUCAGUUGGGUAGAGCAUUGUGCUGAUAGUGCCAGGCUCACAGGUCUCUGUAUGGGACAGCUGCAUAUCCCUAAGUUGGACUUAGUUGAUCAUCAGGGUCUCUUCCAACUCUACAGUUCUAUGAUUCUGUGAUAAAAGUGCUGUAGCUGCUGUCACGGUGUGUCUGCCAUUGACAGCAAAAGCAGAGGUGACAGUACUCUGUAUCAGUGACACACACAAAAAAGAACUGGUUAAAACGGUGCAGGUCUGACAAUGGGGACUUUCCCCCAUUUUUAAAUUGAUUUUUCUUAAAUAUGACAUUUCUGGUUCUGGAUGUGUAAAAGCUGUGAAGAACGAGAAAGCAAGAAAUAGCUUGGUUGCAGCCUUGGAAACUUCCAUUGUUCUAGGUGUGUUUUGAGACAGGGAACUUCAUUAAUGCAAGCAGUUUCUGAGCUCUGGGUGCAGUGCAGUGGUACCUCAGUUUAAGAACAGCCCUGUUUACGAACUAUUCAGUUUAUCAACUCCGCAAAACCGGAAGUAGUGUCCAGGGCCGUCUUAAGUAUAUCCGGCGCCGUGGUACAAAGAUCCUUCCCCCCCCCCCCAUUUCCCAGAGUUGCAGACCUUUUUAUGGCUCUGCUGGCAGCUUUGCAUGGCUGGAGGAGGCUGGAGGGCAGCUCCUCUGGCGGGGAAGGGGAGGCUCCGGGUGUGGUGCUGCUUCAGCAAGGCGGGUGAGGGCAGCGAGCUGAUGCCAGGAAGAAAAGUUUGGAUUUGAUAUUCCGCCUUAUCAUUACCCGAAGGAGUCUCAAAGCGGCUAACAUUCUCCUUUCCCUUCCUCGCCCACAACAAACACUCUGUGAGGUGAGCGGGGCUGAGAGACUUCAAAGAAGUGUGACUAGCCCAAGGUCACCCAGCAGCUGCAGGUGGAGGAGCGGGGAAGCGAAUCCGGUUCACCAGAUUACGAGUCUACUGCUCUUAACCACUACACCACACUGGCUCUCCGCGUCCACCCUCCACCUCUUCCCUGGCGACCUGCAGAACUUGGUGCCUCAUGCCACUUGCCGCUAUGGGCAAGACGCCCCUAGUAGCGUCCCAGUCUGAGAACUUUACCUUGGUCUAAGAACGGAAUCCAACUGGUAGAAAGGCACCGGUGAUGGGAGGCCUCAUUAGGGAAAGUGCACCUUGGUUUAAGAACGGACUUCCAGAAUGGAUUAAGUUCGUAAACUGAGGUACCACUGUACUGUGCCUAAGAUUUCAGAUUAAAACUGCCACUGCUGGAACGAAAGGAGGACCUUUUUCUGCCUCCCCACUUCCAGUCACUCUCCGAAGAUUGGAGAAAGGACCCUCAUAAGAAUAUUAGGGGGCGGAGGUGGGCAGGGGAAGUAUGGCUUUGGGUUUUUUUGGCAGUCUUCAAAUGAGGACUAGACCAUGUAAAAAAUGAACGUAAGAUUUUAGCUGCAGUUCAUUCAUUUCCAGCUUUGUAUUCUUGUUAUAAAAAAGUACGCCCAGGCAUUCUGUCAUUGCGCCCCUAACCUUGGUUUAAGGUGCCAUUUAGCUCCCAGCUUUCAUAUCUCAGUUUCUAACACUGCUCAGUCGGUAAGAGCAGGAGACUCUUAAUCUCAGGGUUGUGGGUCUGAGCCCCACGUUGGAGAAAAGAUUCCUGCAUUGGACUUAGAUGAUCUUUGCCAUCCCUUCCAGCUCUGUGAUCCUGUGUGCUAGCAUCUGUUGUCUACUGCGGGUGAGAUCAGAUAAGGUAGACAUGUGAAAGGGAAUGGGUCCAAAGAUGAUUUUCAAGCGAAAGGCAAUCAUAGUACCGUGACAGAGGAAAGGAACCAGGGGUGGCUGAAAAAGAGCAGCCUGCCAUGUAAUUAUGCACACGCUUACUUUGCAAAAUUUAUUGCAUUGGGAUGUUGUGGCGGCCCUUUGCGUAGAUGGCUUCUAAGUGAAAUUCUUAGAGGAUAAGUCUAGUGGCAGCUACUAGCCACGAGAACUGAACGGAGCCUCCUUUUUCCAGAGGCCGUGUUUUUCUGAAUGCCAUUUGCUGGAGGCAAAUACCACAGGAUGGCUGCUCCCUCAAACGACUCUGACCUUUCUUCCUUGCUGGCUCUUAAAUGGGACUGCUGCUUCCUUCAAAUCCCUCCUCCAAUUUUAACCUUUUGUAUAAAGCCUUUGGCACAGCUCCCCAGUUCCCAAGCCGAGCUGCAUUUUUUAUGCCUGUGAACAAGCCCAUAUAACUGAAACAACUGCACAUCCUUUCCCUUUUACCCUUGCCUCCUUUCCCCUCGAUUUCUCCUGCGUUGGGUUUUAGAUUGCAAACUGCCCUAUUCUGCUCCUUAAAUUGAUGGUGGCAUAUUAAUCUCUUGUCGCGCUCUCUCUGCUUCCGGACUUCCCAGCUGGUGUGUCUGGUCUCUCUGGGUCUUUAGUCCGAUCCAGCAAUGCAGUUAUGUGUGGUUCUGUGGGCGAUAUUGGACCUGUCCCAUUGCAACCUGUAUUUCUGAUACGGUGUGUAAUACUCCCAUUUUUCAGUUUAGAAGAUGUGUACAGUGGUACCUUGGUUCUCAAACUUAAUCCGUUCCAGAGUCCGUUCCAAAACCAAAGCGUUCCAAAACCAAGGUGUGUUUUCCUAUAGAAAGUAUCCGUUCCAGACUUUUAAAAACAACCCCUAAAGCAGCAAUUUAACAUGGAUUUUACAAGACCCUUGAUCCAUAAAAUGAAAGCAAUAAUCAAUGUACUGUACAGUGGUACCUUUUCUUUAACAUUUUCAUUAUAUUCUUUAUAUCCUGCCCUUUGUCCCAGAAGGGAGAAUGGGGUGGCUAACCACUUAAAACAAUACGUUAAUUAUAAAAAACUUUUAAACCACAAACUGAUCUUCAUCAGCUGCCAAAGAGUGUGGUGGAGUCUCCUUCUUUGGAGGUCUUUAAAGCAGAGGCUUGACAACCAUAUGUCAGGAGUGCUCUGAUGGUGUUUCCUGCUUGGCAGGGGGUUGGACUCGAUGGCCCUUGUGGUCUCUUCCCACUCUAUGAUUCUACCUUGGGUUACAUACGCUUCAGGAUACAUACGCUUCAGGUUACAGACUCUGCUAACCCAGAAAUAUUACCUCGGGUUAAGAACUUUGCUUCAGGAUGAAAACAGAAAUUGUCCAGCGGCGGUGCAGCGGCAGCAGGAGGCCCCAUUAGCUAAAAUGGUACCUCAGGUUAAGAACAGUUUCAGGUUAAGAACAGACCUCCAGUUCUUAACCCGAGGUACCACUGUACUAUAAAAUAAAUAAGACAGUAUUGUAGAUGAUAAAAAUAAAAAUUAAUUUUUUUUCUUCCCUGCACUGAUGAUAGUCAUUGUUUGGAUGAGGGGCUUUUAUCCAUUUCCGCAGUCACAUAAUCAAUCAAUCAAUCAGUAGCUGAACUGGGUUCCACACAGUCACAAAAACAAAUUAACAGAAAAAGCCUCAAAAACAAAAGUGUAAAACUUAAUCCGUUCCGGAAGUCCGUUUGACUUUCAGAAUGUUCAAAAACCAAGGUGCAGCUUCUGAUUGGUGCAGGUGCUCUGGAAACAAUAGCUGACAGCCGCAUUGGACGUUCGGCUUCCGGAAAACGUUCAAAAACCAGAACACUUACUUCCGGGUUUUAAGACGUUUGAGAACCAAAGCAUUUGAGUACCAAGGCGUUUGAGAACCAAGGUACCACAGUAUAGCUAAAUAUUGGUAUACGGUGAUAGCACUGCUGACUCCCUGAUCUAGCCAUUUUGUGUUUUCUUCUGAGUCAGGUGAUUUACCCACAUCAAAAGCAACCACCGCCCUCCCUCAAAAAUACAUUUCUGUUUUAAUUCUGUGCAUAUCUCAUUGGGGGAAAGCUUUCUAUGGCCUGAGGCACACACAGUGUGGCUGCCACAUGGAGCCUUUCUUUAAUUGCUAUGCACAACGGCGGUCUCCACGCAGGGGACUAGUUAGGUUCAGCAACCCACUUACACAUCAGAUUAUUUUAUUUUCCUACAUGUAUUUCACAUAAUGGCAUUGUCCCGUUUUAUCCACUGCCCCCACCCCAAAAUAAAUUGGUGGUAUGCAGAAACCCACAAGAUCUCCACAAUAGGCCGCGGCUUGCAAACUGCCUCUCCACCCGUAGAACCCACAAACAACUGAGAUGCUUUUAAAAAGCAAACUCUCUGCGGUGUUUAUGUAAUGCAUCGGCCUUCCGCCCCACAACACAAGGUGUUUUUGUUUCAAAACCAGUUGAGUGUGGAAAGAGAUUUACUAUUGAUUGUUUAUCUAGUGGGAUGUCCUUAAAUAAACGGCUCUGAAUAGCGAAAGACUCAAUUUCUACUUUGCAUUUAAGUUCUUGGCACACGAGAAGAACAAGGAAGGAAACUCCCUUUUAGUAGUUGCUCAGAUUACACCUGGAGAUACAUAGGAAUCAGAUUUCCUUAAUAUACCUUUUGAAAUCCCCCCCCCCUUUUCUGGGAAUUACUUGAAUCAGCAGUUUGUGCAAAGCCAGCCGCUUUUAGGAUUAAUAGUAACCACUGCGGUGAGCAGGAGAGAAUUCCUCUGACCCAACGUACUUCGCUCAGAAAAAGUCUUACCGUAUUUUUUGCUCUAUAAGACUCACUUUUUCCCUCCUAAAAAGUAAGGGGAAAUGUGUGUGCGUCUUAUGGAGCGAAUGCAGACUGCGCAGCUAUCCCAGAAGCCAGAACAGCAAGAGGGAUUGCUGCUUUCACUGUGCAGCGAUCCCUCUUGCUGUUCUGGCUUCUGAGAUUCAGAAUAUUUUUUUUCUUGUUUUCCUCCUCCAAAAACUAGGUGCGUCAUGUGGUCUGGUGCGUCUUAUAGAGCAAAAAAUACGGUACAUAUAAGCAAAUACCUGGGAACAAUUGGUUUAGUCUUCCUUCGAGAGUGUGCGAUUGCAACCAAGGUUUUCAGUUGGUAGCAAUUCUAUAACUUUACGAGGUUGACCUCUUAACUCCCCUCUCUGGCUUCUCUGAACGGUGACCUUUGGCCAUUUCCAGGAGGCCUUGUAGAAAAAUGUACUUGGACUUCAGCACCACUGAGGGGUUUGUAAGACAUGCCUCUUAGCAGAGCAAGAGCUCGUGACAUAUUCAUGUUCUUCCCACAAUGCACACGUUUUUACAGUUGUUGCAUCAGAUGAGUAUUUGUACACUUAUCCGAGAGAUGUGAGCCUUAGACUACUGCCCAGGGUGUCUCCUCCAUGUCCCCUUCUCUUCUGAUGUGAGGUGAGUGGCAGUUUGGACAGGGCCUUCUCUGCAAUGGGACCCCAGUAGUUGAAUGCCUUCUCCAGGUUGGCUCGCCUGGUGGCAACUCUCUGUUUGCUUUUAAUUUGCCGAAGCGUUUUAGUGCAAAUUCUCAGAUUGGCGGGGUUUUACGCUGGGGUUUUUCUGUCGGUUUUUGGUUGUACUGCUGUUUUUAAAAUAAUGUUUGUGCUUUUAAAUUGUGCAGUGCUCUGAAAGUCUCAGCGCAAACAGCCCUUUAUAAAUGUUUGUAAAAACAAGCUUGUGAAUACUCCGUCCAUCAUUCCCAUGAAGUACUUUUGAUUUAUGUAUCAUCAACAUCGGUAUUGUUUUGUGUGGAAAUGCGUCCUGACCCAAUUCUACUGGAAUUUGCCCAAAAUGGACCCCCGCAAAGUGCCACACACAGUGGUUUUUCCCCUUAAAAAAAGAAAUUUAGAGGCACUCUCAUUUUGACCCAAGAAAAUCACCAUUUUAUAGUUCAAAUCGGGGAAAAUAAAUACAAUAAAUGGACAAAAGUACAAAGAUUCACAAAAUGUUUAGGGGUAUGCGUACCCCUGUGUCCCGCCAGAAAAAAAGCACUGGCCACACGUUUAUACAUUAUAUGGUACGUGGCUGAAACAAACAAACAAAAGAGGGAAAUUAUUUCAAAGUUUUGCUCACCAGUCUUCCUAACUUUUGGCUUAAAUCUGUUAUGUCUGUCUUAGUUUCCUCUGUUCCUUUCUGGUUCCCUGCAUCUAUUUUGGAUUGUAAGCUCCUUUGCGUAGGAAUCCAUCAAACCCGUUCUCUGUACUGCAUCAUGUACAUAGAUGACGCGAUAUGAAUAAACAAUAGGAUCACAACUUUUCUACUCAUGUUCUCUGAUGUUUGUAUGUUUCCUUAGCUGUCUCCCUAUUGUUUCGUAUCAAGUUUAAACUUCUUAUUUUAACCUUUUAAGGCUCUUUAUAUUCUUGCUUCUUCUUAUCUAUAUCUGUUCAUCAGGCCCUAAUCUUAUUAAAUCACCACUAUCUUGGGCUGUUUCUGUCUCCCUGCCUUCUCUCUUGUGUGGAAAUCUCCCUGCCUCUCCCUCUGAUAUUCACCUUGCCGCCUCUUUUAUUUUUGCCUUGCUUUAAGAAAUUAUUAAAAAUGCAUAUUCUCUCUGUUGCAUUUCUUUCUUGAUGUUCUAUUAAAAAAAAACCUCCCUACUCCUAAAAUAUAUUAACUCUUCUCUCUUUUCUUUUCAUUCUCCCUAGUACAAUUCUCCUUUUUUUUCUUUCUUAACUUCCUUCUUCUUUUAGAUUGUCAAUCAUAUGGACUGGGAUUUAUUUUAAAAAAAGAUGUUACGUUUGUACAGCAUUAGUGCACAUUGGAUAUUUUUAUAAAUCCUUAUGAUGAUAGCAACAAAAUGUGCCCUAAUAUACCGUAUUUUUCCGUCUAUAAGACGCCCCCAUGUAUAAGACGCCCCCUAUUUUUGGGGACCCCGAUUUAAGAAAAUGGGGGAGGGGGAGAUACUAUCCAUGUAUAAGACGAGCCCAGAUUUUGAACAUUAUUUUAAAAACAUAGUCUUAUACAUGGAAAAGUAUGGUAAAAGAAAGUCUAGUAGUGGGUUUUUUGGUGGGGAGGGGGACUUCCUGGAUAAGGUGUCUUGCUCAGAUCAUAAGGUAUAAUAUUGAUGUUGGCUUCAUCUUCUGCCUGGGUCUCUUCUGCAUCUUCUCUGCCCUUGGAACAAAGACCAGACUAGAUUUCAGCUCCACCCCACCCCCCGGGCAUUUUAAAUGUGCAUUUAGCUAACGUAAUGCAAGAUGACGAGCAAAACGUUGCAACAACAUGCUGAAAACGGAGGACUCUCACCCAGGAAUUGAAGGUGAAUUCCACAAGCCUCUUUUACAACCUAAAGAACAUGUAAGAACUUCCCAAACCUUCCGUGGAAUCCAGUUGACCCUGAAAGAAACACAGAAUGCUGAUGCUGCAAGUAGGCUGAGAGGGAUUACAAUAUUCACUAACACUCUCAGCGCGACAAAUGUGGACUCGGAGCCAUUACAUAAGAACCAGUCUACUUACAUCCUUGUUGGCUAAACAGAUAUGAAUCCUGACAACUUCAGCCUCACGCCCCAAAGAAGGAAAACAAAGGAUGCAACUGCAAUGACGAACAGCACCCAAGGUGCCCCAGACAAAGUAUGAACCAAGAUUGCCUGUUCCUUCUGGGUGACCUCGGCAUAUGACUGUAACUUGGAAUUUCUUCCAAAGAACUUUGUGAUUCUUAACUACAUAACUACUGUAUUUUUCACUCCAUAAGACGCACCUGACCAUAGGGCGCACUUAGUUUUUAGAGGAGGAAAACAAGAAAAAAAUAUUCUGAACGAAACGGUGGAUGUAUGAUAAUGUGGUUCAUGCUGUGGCCACAGACAUGUGAUUUGACAGUGAGUUUGCGGUAGCCCAGUGCAAAAAUCCUGAGGAUCCAUGUGGAUCCGUGCUUUGUAACCAUGUUUUUGUGCCAUUGUGGCUUCCCUUAUCUCUCUUCCUGAUCGCUUGCCGAUCAGCUGCUUCCUUUCAACACUCCCUUCCCUCUUGUUUGCCAUAGUGUCUUUUCCUUAACUGGAGCAAUUUUUUGCUCCUCCUUUUCUUCAAAUUUCUCUCCUCAUUGCUUUAGUCUUCCUGCCUCCUCUCCUUGCAAGUUCGCUGUCUUUACCUCCCUGCUCCCAGGCAGCCUCCUUUAUUGCUAGCGUCCCUUAUCUCCCUCCCAAUCGCUGGCCGAUCAGCAGCUUUGUUUCAACACCCACUUCCCUCUUUUUUUAUUAUUUUUUAAAAAAGCAUGAUCUGCUUUUCGCCCUGGGCAAUUCGGCUCCAGGAACCACGCAUUCACUCCAUAAGACGCACAGACAUUUCCCCUUACUUUUUAGAAAGAAAAAAGUGCGUCUUAUGGAGCGAAAAAUACGGUACUUCAGUCUUCAAGUAAGGGAUGACAUGAUAGAAUGCACUCCCUACAAAACAUAGAAAAUUUAGCAUUUAGGGAGAAAGCUGGGCUAGAGCCCUUCACCCUGACAUUGUAGCCCUGUUGAGAUGUUCACCUGAGCAUCUCUCUCUCUCUCUCUGUAUGUGUGUGUGAAGUUUCUGUCUACUCAGUCCCUAGACUCUCCCUGCGCAACAUGAGAAGGUUGAGCCUGAUGCCUAUGGGGGGUGGAUGUACAUGGGGGUCGGGCUUGUGUGUGUGCUCUUGGCCCCAUGCGCACUUUUAAACUGCAUUUUGGGGCAAAUGCGUGAACAUGGCACUAGUGUCCUGUGUAAGGUAAAGGUAAAGGACCCCUGACCAUUAGGUCCAGUCCUGACCGACUCUGGGGUUGUGGCGCUCAUCUCACUUUAUUGGCCGAGGGAGCCGACGUACAGCUUCCGGGUCAUGUGGCCAGCAUGACAAAGCCCCUUCUGGCGAACCACAGCAGCGCACGGAAACGCCGUUUACCUUCCCACCAGAGCGGUACCUAUUUAUCUACUUGCACUUUGAUGUGUUUUCGAACUGCUAGGUUGGCAGGAGCUGGGACCGAGUGAUGGGAACUCACCCCGUCAUGGGGAUUCGAACCGCCGACCUUCUGAUCGGCAAGUCCUAGGCUCUGUGGUUUGACCCACAGCGCCACCCGCGUCCCCAGUGUCCUGUGUACAGAAUUUUAAUAUGGAGGUGAAUUCACAUAGGCUAGCGCCCCCACCUUCUCAUAGUUUGAAAUGUUAUAGCACAGACACAGGUUUAGGCCCGAGUGUGCAAUAGAUAGCAGUUUUAAAGCCCACAAUAGGAUAGAAGUUGUCAGCUUUUGCUUUGAAGGAUGGAAGGUGAUGAAAAACGGUUGGGGGGAGGUGGCUGCAGCGGCAAGGAGUCUUGUAGAAAGCAGUUGGAGAGACACCAAAUGGAGAGAAUCCUAUGCGUUGCAGGAAAGGCUCUGUCACAAAUGCUCAGUUAUCUUCUGACACACCAUUGCUUGCUUUCUGUUACAUUGAUGGCUUGAUCAACAAACAUGACCAAUCCACAUUCUUUAAGGCUCCUGGAAAGUCAGGCACGUCGUCAAUGAUUGUAAAUUGUGUGACUGUAGAUGAAUGUUUUCUUCCAAAGCCAUGGAACUCUGUCAGUCAUGUUUUGCCCCCCCCCCUUCUUUCCCUUGUGUUGUGUUCAGCUGAAUGAGAUUGACAUUGUUAGGUGUUAGGUGGUGAAACAGUUGUCAAUCAAAAGAUCUGAAAUAAGACAAAAGAAAUGUCAUGGAGAUAUAUAUAUAUAUAUCCCCUAAGUUCAUGAUUUUUUGGUGCAAUUCGCCAACUGUCUUUUUCAAGUUGUAAGAAUGCCUUUCAAACAAUAAUUGGAUUUUUUAGACAUAGCUGACAGCAGGCAAGAUGACAGCUUUUCCACCCUACUUGGGACUAAGGUGAUCUGUGCUGCAGAUACGGAAGUUAUUCAUUCAGGGAUAUUAACAGAAAAGUCACUUGAGAGCAGUCACAAAGAUGUACUGAAGGUAUGGUUUUUCUUCUUGGAUCACAUUUGUCCUUCAAGAAACUGUGGUCAAAAAAACAUCAAGACAGUUGAGAUUGCUUAAAACGGGGAGAAAAACUCUAGAUGUACAAAUGUAUAACUAAACGUUGGGCUGCCGUCUAAAAACACAUUCCAGUCCAUCUCUGUGGCAGCUCUUGCAAACUAACUGGAUAUCUUACUGUGAAAACAUUUUAGUUGGUCUUGCCUCAUUUUCCAGGAAUGCAAAUGUGAAGUCAUUUGCCAGCUAUGAAAGGGCUUAGAAAGUCCUCAUUUCAUUGGAUACAACAGAAAAGGUAGAAAAGGAGGCAGCAACAAAACUGUUAUCGUUGAUGAAUGAACUUACGCUUGAUGCAUUUUCAGAUGUCUCAUGGCAACAAUCUAAGAGAUCAAUGGUGGUUCACCUCUUCCAUGUGCUUCUGUCAUGACAGCCGAAGAUUCAGCAUAGAAAUAUAACUGAUGCACUUGUCAUAGGAUUGUAUCGCUGGAAGGAACCCUCGGGGUCAUCUAGUCCAACCCCCUGCAAUGCAGGAAUCUUGACUCAAGCAUCCAUGGCAGAUGGCCAUCCAACCUCUGCUUAAAAACCUCCAAGGAAGGAGAGCUCGCAACCUCCCAAGGAAGUCCGUUCCCUCUUGAAUAGCUCUUACCAUCACAAAGUUCUUCCUGAGGUUAAGUCGGAAUCUCCUUUCUUGUAACUUGAAUCUAUUGGUUUGGUCCUAGCCUCCGGAGUAGGAGAAAAUAAUCUUGCUCCAGGCGACAGCCCUUUAGAUAUUUUGUACCAGUGUGACCAUUGGCCUAUUCCCACCUGCUCACCACAAAACGGCUGGGAAUUAGUUUAUGCAAAACACUUUCCGUGCUGAUUCAAGACCGCAGUGUUAGAAAUUCAGAUAUACAGCGGUACCUCGGGUUACAGAUGCUUCAGGUUACAGACUCUGCUAACCCAGAAAUAGUACCUUGGGUUAAGAACUUUGCUUCAGGAUGAGAACAGAAAUCGUAUUUUGGGACUACAAUUCCCAUCAUCCCUGACCACUGCUUCUGUUAGCUAGGGAUGAUGGGAGUUGUAGUCCCAAAACAUCUGGAGGGCUGAGUUUGGCCACCACUGCUUUACAGUGUAGUCUACCUUGCCCAAAGGUGAGCUAGCAGGUCAUGCUUAGACCUUGCCAUGGAGAUACAGUGGUACCUCGGGUUACAUACGCUUCAGGUUACAUACGCUUCAGGUUACAGACUCCACUAACCCAGAAAUAUUACCUCAGGUUAAGAACUUUGCUUCAGGAUGAGAACAGAAAUCGUGCGGCAGUAGUGCGGCGGCAGCGGGAGGCCCCAUUAGCUAAAGUGGUACCUCAGGUUAAGAACAGUUUCAGGUUAAGAACGGACUUCCAGAACGAAUUAAGUUCUUAACCCGAGGUACCAUUGUAUAACCUAAUCGCCAAAUGGCACCUUAAACUUAUGGUCACCACAAUGGAGUGUCUAGGCGCCUUUUUUUUUACAGUGGGGUUUAUUAUUAUUAUUUCAUUUAUAUACCACUUUAUAUUUUAAAGACCAACAAUCUUAUGGGAAGUCAUCUAUGUCCUGCCGGUCCUAAUUGUGGACACACACAACACAUACAGACAGAUGCUGCUGCUGCUGCUUAAAACAGCAGGGAACAUUCCUCAGUACCAGAAAAAAUAUUCAUAGUAGUCACACAACAUUCACACACAUUUCACAGAAAUCUCUUAGGAGGUACCUGCACCUUCUGUUCCAUAAUAACCAUAUUUCUAGGAGAACUACAUAUAAAUUAAAGGUAAAGGGACCCCUGACCAUUAGGUCCAGUCAUGACCGACUCUGGGGUUGUGCCACUCAUCUCGCUUUAUUGGCCGAGGGAGCCGGUAUACAGUUUCCGGGUCAUGUGGCCAGCGAACCAGAGCAGCGCACGGAAACGCCGUUUACCUUCCCGCUGGAGUGGUACCUAUUUAUCUACUUGCACUUUGACGUGCUUUCAAACUGCUAGGUUGGCAGGAGCAGGGACAGAGCAACGGGAGCUCACCCCGUCGCAGGGAUUCGUACCGCCAACCUUCUGAUCGGCAAGUCCUAGGCUCUGUGGUUUAACCCACAGCGCCACCCGCGCCCCUAGAACUACAUAUAGACUACCUUUAAAAAAUAACGAAAGCUCCUAUUCUGGGGCACUAGAUUUAGUGACCCCCCCUGAGGCAGAGUAAGCUCUGGUCCCUUCUGAACUUGGUUGGAGGGAAAGGGAUGAUUCCCACCUUCUUUCUUUCUGGCAUGCUAUAUUUGGGUCUGCCAGGAGAGGAACAUGGAGCUCCUUCCUUCCUUGUCAGUGCUCAUGAGAUCCUUACUCAUGGAGCGGCUGGCUCAUCUGUACAAAGGCUGUUAGUCAUGGGGACUCAGUUUGGAGUCAAGGGAACAGGAUGAUGGGAAUAACUGAGUGGCACUUGAGUUCUGGGGCUUCCCCUGCUCCCUUCUCAGCCCUCUUCCUCCAUCUCCUCUCCCCUACCCUGGACAUUUCCCUUUCAGUAUUGGCAAGGUAAAGGUUUCCCUGAAAUCGUACACCAUGGGUAGGCAAACUAAGGCCCGGGGGCCGGAUCUGGCCCAAUCGCCUUCUAAAUCUGGCCCACAGACGGUCCGGGAAUCAGCGUGUUUUUACAUGAGCAGAUUGUGCCAUUUUAUUUAAAAUGCAUCUCUGGGUUAUUUGUGGGGCCUGCCUGGUGUUUUUACAUGAGUAGAAUGUGUGCUUUUAUUUAAAAUGCAUCUCUGAGUUAUUUGUGGGGCAUAGGAAUUUGUUCAUCCCCACCCAUAAAGUCCAGCCCCCCACAAGGUCUGAGGGACAGUGGACUGGUCCCCUGCUGAAAAAGUUUGCUGACCCCUGUCAUACAUGCUGUUAAUACUGUUGAGUGUAAAAUCUGUUUUUCAUUUCGGUGGCUCAACUACUAACCAAAGAAAGGAUGGAUCCCUAAAUUCACUUUGCAUAGUUUGGUGUGUUUGUGUGUGUGUGUGUUGGAACACACUGCCAAAUGAAAUGCCCUGGGAAACAAAAAUCUUCACAAUGCUCACUUCAGGUGCAAGGUGAACUUUAUUGCCCUGAGGGAUCUUUGGCUUGGAUCAAGCUGGAUAAAGUCAGCUUCCACCCUCCCAUCUGUUUACCUUGCUUUCUGUGCUGCAGUGGUGGCAAUGGGAGGGUUCUCCCUGUUCCCACACCUGGCUUAGAGGCUUCAGGAUAAAGGUAAAGGACCCUUGGAUGGUUAAGUCAAGUUCAGACUAAGGGGUGCAGCGCUCAUCUCGCUUUUUGGGCCGAGGGAGCCGGUGUUUGUCCGCAGACAGCUUUUCCAGGUCAGCAUGGCCAGCAUGACUAAACCGCUUCCGUGACGGAAACCAGAGUGCACAGAAACACCCUUUACCUUCCUGCCACAGCGGUACCUAUUUAUCUACUCGCACUGGUGUGCUUUUGAACUGCUAGGUUGGCAGGAGCUGGGACAGAGCAACGGUAGCUCACCCUGUUGCACGGAUUCGAACCGCUGACCUUCUGAUUGGCAAGCCCAAGAGACUCAGUGGUUUAGACCACAGCGCCACCUGCUCCCUUUUAGGCUUUGGGAUAUGCCAGUGAGUGGAGGGUGAGAGGGACACCCCUUCCUUGCUGCUGGGGUUUGGAAGCUCCCUUGGACUGCAACAGGGUUCCCUUUGGUUUGGAAUGAACCAAGUUAUUUUCUGAGUCUGGGUGAAAAUACCUUUUCAAAGCAUCGUGGUUGGGCGCGGUUUCCUCCAGGACAGGUUUCAGCCAUGUACUUCUUUUAAUGAUGGUGUAAAUCAAGAAGGCUUCUACAGCCUUUCAGGUUUAGGAGUGUUGUAGCCUAAACACCACAAGCUGCUUAUUAAGUUUAUUUCUCGUAUACACGUACAAAAGCAUACCUGUUGCAAUCGCUGGGAAAUACUUGGUUUAUACGGCAGCAAAUGCCACUGCAACCAUUUGCAGUGGACCUCUUUUUGUCAUAUAAGAGAGUUUGGAUAAGAUGUAAUAUUAUUAUUGCAUUGUGAAAACUUGCAAUUACGGUGUCCAAGCAUUUGUUUAUAGUUUCAGUUGUUAUCGGUUUGCAGCCAUUAAUUAACAACUCUGUUGAUUUAGUUGUUACAUCAGGUCUGAUUGUUCUCCCAGGUGAAUGUAAUCCUGUUUUUGAGACUUUCCUAAUUUCAUUUAAUUCUGCCUGUGUUAUUUCCCUUCUUAUUUGCAUUGUAUAUUGCAACAGAGUUAAAAAUGAAGAUAUCAUAUCCCAGAAAACGAGGAAGCACUCAGCUUUCACUGAAGAGAUGUGAAGUUCUUACAUGCAAAUGAUCUUUGCAUCUUGAAGAGUGGUUCAAAUAUUUCCUUUGAGUCUGGAAGAUACAUCACAAAGUUCUAUACAGUACCUAGAAUUGCUGCUGCUUUUUCAGCAGUUAAGGUUUGGGGAUGUUUGUUGAAAAGUUAGGUUUGUAUGUAGUUCAUAUGUGGAAUCUGCAUUGUGUGCUUUACAGCUGCACAUUUGAUGUUGCUACAGGCACACCGUUAAAAGCAUUCUGUAGGGACCUGUUGCUAUGUGUAGCACCUCCUUGUGAUGUGCACAAAACUAAAUAAACACACAUAUCCACUUCCCUACUGUUAUGGGGUACAAUUGCGACUGUACUUGUCGCGACUGUAAUGUGUAUCUGCUAAGGGAGUGUGCUCCUUUUCCCCCUAUCUGAAGGCAGGACAGGGGUUGAAAGCACCAAUCCUGUUGGGUGCCCCCCAGUCAUGAUAAUUCAAGACCUUCCCUUGGGCCGCCUAGCAGUGGUGGCACCAGAAAAAAUGGCGGCAGGGUUUUUACAAAAGGGGCAAAGUGUUAAGGUCUCUGAAAGAAAAGCAACAGGUUAUAUCAGUGCUGUCGCACCCUAAAAGGUAAAGGACCCCUGAGAGUUAAGUCCAGUCACAGACGACUCUGGGGUUGUGGCGCUCAUCUCGCUUUACAGGCCGAGGGAGCCACAUAUUUAUCUACUAGCACUUUUUGGCGUGCUUUUGAACUGCUAGGUUGACAGGUUGAUUUCAGUAUUACCCAUUGUGAGUGGAGAAAGAGGCUAAAAAUGUGUAAAGUCACCUUCACCUUAACAGCAUAUUUCCAGUAAGCACCCUCUGUCUCUUCAUGACAUCUGACAAACAGGAAGUGUGAUUGACUUGCACUGUUCCCUUGCCAGUCAGUUGAACUUCCUGUCCAUACCCGUAACUUGCUCACAGUACUACAGGCGUGAUAAGCAUUAGUCUGCUAAACUGUGGACAGCUGCUUCUGUGAUCGUAGGCAGUACAGGCAGACGGGGAGCUGGGGACAGGCUAAACUGUAGCUAGCCAUAUCAUAAUACCAAGGCAGCCUGUAUAAGGCUGCUAGUUCCCCUCCUCCUCAUCUUGGUUUCCAAAUUUAGCCUAGACAGGUGUGAGGCCACACCUUGGCUCCUUCAAAUGUAAGUGCUAGGGAAAGCGAAGAGCCUGUGGCAGGAGCGGGGGACCAGUGGCCCUGCUGGACUCCAGUUCCCAUCAUCAUUGGCCACCACAGUUGGAGCUUGUGGGAAUUUGAGCUCAGCAAUCCCUAGAGAGCCAUGGGGGUCUCCAUCACCUGGCCUACAAGAAGGUGAGGAGAUUUCAGGGGUGGUUGGCCUGCAAAAUUCACAGUGGCCUUGGAAGGCUUCUUUUGACAUUUAAAUGGAAACAUUUUAAUAUCUCCGUAAGAAAUCAUCGGGGCCCACCCAAAAAGUUUUGGCCUCUGAAGUGAACCCCAAAAUGGUGCCUCCUGCCCUGGCCAGGGAAGAAGGGGUGAGUGAGGCAUAGGAAGAGAGAAAGAUCAACAUUGGGAUCUGCUGCCCCUCCCCCUAUCCUGUCAUCUGAGACAGUCGCCUUACCUCAUGGCCCUGGGUGGAGGCACUGUCCUGAAGGAAUGCAUGACCCACACUAUCUAGUGUACAUGACACUCGCUUUGGAGCAACAGAACCAUCCAGCGGGCAAGAUCUGCUCAGGAGCAUGGUUGCUUGCUUUGGCAGUUUUGGAGGGGAUUCCAAAUUUCGGAGUUAUGAAUCCAGAGCCAUCGGAGCUCCUGGCUGGAUUGCAAGCCAAGGGGCGCGUCCCUAACGUAACUUUGGUUUUAUAAAGGGUUGGUGGAGGGGGGACUCUUUGCACACACACUUCUGGAAAGGGGCAUGAUUCCUCCCCUCUCAAGAAACUGUUACGCAAGCAGACAUGCACGCUCCGGCGCGGUGUGCCUAUGUAGCCGCUUCUGCAAAACCAGCAGUCGGCGUGGAGAGGGAGUUCCGCUCGCCGCAAUGGGCCCCAGGCUGCUAGUUCCCGCCUCGCCGCAUCUUGCAAGGUGCACUUGCCCAUCCUGCCCGGGGAAACCAGUCUGAGUCUGGAGACCCGGCGAGGCAAAGCAGCGGCGCCGCCACCGACGGGAAACUUCCGAGGGCUGUGCGCAAAGUGUGUGACCGGCGCGUGCUUGGGGCGGGGGUGGCCUGAGUGGAUCGCGUCGGAUCGGUGCUGGGAGACGGGAGGGGGCAGAUCCUUGAUCCAGAUUGAUGUGGGGGGACGGGACGGAGGGAGAACCGGAGUGCAACCUGGGUUGUUGUUUUUCUCCUCUCCCCCUUUCGUUUCUCCGCAGGAAGCGUUGCGCAGGGCUGCCCCGGCGUGACCCAUGGCUGCGAUAUUCGCCCCCUUCUUUGCGGCGCGCUCCUCGCUUCUCCCCAGAAGCCUCCUGGACUGCAGCUUUUUCCAAGGCCGGGCAACGGGGGAAAACAGGUCUCGGACGGCCCCCGUUUGCUCGACGGCGCCUGCAAACGGUGCAAGCUUCUGUCCCUUUCGCCCGCCACCUCCGGCGCUUGCAAGCAGCCUGCCAUAAGUGCUUUAGGUGCCAGCUCCCUGGGUGCCCAAAAACCCACAAAAUUCCCCAUGAAGGGGCCGGGCACCCACCAACUUUUGCUGCCAGGGCCGUGCACGCUGCAUGGCGCCCGCUGCCAUUGGUGGCAACUCCCUGUAUGCCCGAGCACCCACAAAAUUCCCCAUGGGCACCCACGAUCGCGGGGCCAAGUUGGCACGCCUGGCCGCCACUGCCGAGCUUGCAAAGGCGCCGCCGCGCGCGCACACACACACACGCGCGCCGCCCAUCGGCGCGCCCCCGACGCACAGCCCGGCUCGGGAGCGGCGCGCCGUUGUCCUCCAUGGGGGCUUCGCAAUGAGCCUGCUUCCCCGAGACCGGCUUAUUCCAGCCUGCGAGCGCCGGCUGCUGCCGCUGCCGCCGCCGCCGGUCCUUUGUUCCCGCGCCCGCGCAGCCCCCCGAGGACGAUGCUGCCGGCCGGGGAGGGGAAUCGCGUGCAGCACCGGGGCGAACCGGCUCGGGCCGGAGGAGGACGACCGGCGCCGAGCUGCGAGGGCCGCUUGGGAGAAUAAGGAGAGCAGGCGCCGCGGCUGCCCUUUGCUCCCGCCACCCCCCAGAUCGUAAUCAAUUUCAUUUUUAUUUUUAUUUUCAAAAGCGGGGUGGGUGGGCGCGGAGCGAGGGCCCGCCAUCGCCUUGGCCACCUCUUCCCCGUCAAGCGGUGCAGAAGGAAAGACAACCCGGCAGGUUGAGUGUGUUUCUCUCUAAUAUUUUUUUGGUGUGUGUGUGUGUGCAUUUCCAAGGAGGAGGUUUUCCGGUGCAAAGUUCUUUGAGGGUGUGGGAGGUCUCUCUUCCCCCGCUCCCUAUUGCAUCCUGUCCUGUUAGAGUUGCAAGAAACAAAAGCCUGCCUGACAUUUAUUCUAAAGCCCUUGAUAUUUUUAUUAUUUUUAUUAUUUUUAUUAUUAUUAUUAUUAAUAAUACACGUAUGCCAUAUAUCAAUGGAGUUUGGUUGGAGGGGGGGGCAGCACUAUUCGGAAGGCGGAAUACAGCUCCAUAUAAGAUGCCAAUAAUGCCACUAACUGCAGUAAACAAGGGUCCGUGUUUUGAUGCUUGCUAGGAUGUUGCUGCAAUGAGUGAUGCCACAACAGUUCGCCUGGUCUCCUCCAUUUGCAGACUUUUGCAAGCUGUCUUGUAAUCUGGCAGAGCUGAGUGGCGAUUGGCAAGGUGUGAGUGCUUGAUAUAGGUGAGCAAGGCCUGAGUUGGGGGGGCACGGAACAAGCCCCCACCCCCUUUCUUUGCACCUAAAUAGGAAUUGAGGGAAGCAUCACUGGGCAUGUUUUUGCCCAGGUCUGCUCUCCUGUGUUUCUCCAGACCCAGGGGUUAAUUGGUGCUAUUAAUCUGUUUUUGUACAGAGAGCUUUUGUUUUGAGUGUGUGAUGUUAGUAAACAGAACAAACAAGGAACAGAUAGAUAGAUAGAUAAUCCCCAAUUGCAUUUUGGAACAACUGAUGUAAGGUUGUGUUAUGUACAGACAUUUCAUGCUGUUUUCUCUGGAAAAACUCUUGGUGACGACAAUUAUUUUGGGUGGAUCGGUAGUUGCUUAUAUAAUGUUCUAGCACCAAAAUAGGUUUUUACCUGAAUAAAAUUGUGGUCAUACUUUACUCGUCCUCUCUCCACUGAGUUAUUCUUCCAGUAACUUUCCUGGUGACAACUUUCCUUUUCUUUCAGCUAUAUUUUCUCAUUUUUAAAAUCUCACCUUAUUUCUUCUCUUAAAACGUUGUCCAGGAUAAGUUUCCUUGUGCAGACUGUCAUGUAGCAUAUAAGGGUGAAUGGAGAUGGAGACUAUUAUAGCCAACUCCAAAUCUUGCAACUGUCAUUUCAGCAGAAAUUAACCAGGGUGCCCAUAACUGCAGAUGAAUCUUAAGGGUAGCAACGUACAUUUUACUGCAUUUUCCCCACUGGGGGCGGGUAAAAUGUUAGCCGUGGUAGUUGCAGAAGUUAACUAGCAGUAAAUCAUUAGCAAUCAUCUACCCAAGCAGCACUAGAGUGUGCAGAGAGAUAGCAAAGGGUGCAACCCUAUACCCAAUUACUUGUGAGUAAAUCCCAUUGAAUUUAGUGGAACCUACUUCCUAGGAUUCCUCUGUGCAAGCAAUGUUUGUAGGUUGCAGUCUAGCCUGACGGACUGCAUUUAAAAUCAAUGGGGCCUAGCUGGAUGCAUUCCUUGAUCUGGCAGAGUUAUCAGCUUCUUUAACAUCAGGGCUCCUCUGCUUUUAACAGCUAGCAGGCCUGCAGAAAGUUAACUGAUAGCAGGGUUGUCAUUUUUUUCUGGGAAGAGCUGCUUUGAUUCCCCACCACCACCACCAAAGAAUCUGUUCAUCACAGUCUGUCCAUUUUCAUCCUGUCCCCAAGAGCAACUUUAAGCUAGAGUUCCGGCUGGAACUAUGGCGUGCCAAACACUUCUGAAAAAGAACUCCCAGUUCCUUUUUUGUUUGUUUGUAACAAAUCUGCUUAAACAUCUGGAAUUGUGGAAGAAAGCAGAUGCCUGGCCGUUCUCUGUAAUUCAAGAGUGUUAAGGGUGUGUACAUGGAAAUUACUUUGGUCAUGGGGGGAAAAUACUUAAAUCUGUUUUGAGUUUUACAGUGAGUCAGGGGGCGGGGGAUGAUCUCUUUUGGUGGCGCGAUUGCUCACAUGUCAGUGAAGAUAAUAAACAUGCCCAGUCUACUUGUGAGUAGCUUUUAAACUAUAGUUAUUCUACCUUUGGGGACGUGGGUAGCGCUGUGGGUUAAAUCAAAGAGCCUAGGACUUGCCGAUCAGAAGGUUGCGGUUUGAAUCCCUGCGACAGGGUGAGCUCCCGUUGCUCGGUCCCUGCUCCUGCCCACCUAGCAGUUCAAAAGCAUGUCAAAGUGCAAGUAGAUAAAUAGAUACCGCUCCUGCGGGAAGGUAAACGGCGUUUUCGUGUGCUGCUCUGGUUUGCCAGAAGCGGCUUAGUCAUGACUCGCCAAUAAAGCGAGAUGAGCGCCGCAACCCCAGAGUCGGUCACGACUGGACCUAAUGGUCAGGGGUCCCUUUACCUUUUUAUUCUACCUUUAGCUAUUUCCUAUAGGAAAUGAAAGACUCCAAUUACUGUAUCUGACCUGCAGUGUUAGAAACUGAGAUUUGAAAUCUAGGAGCUAAAUGGCACCUUAAAUCGAGGUUGUGGGCGCAACAACGGAAUUUCGAGGCACACUUUUUAAUAGCAAGAAUACAAAGCUGAAAAUGAAUGAACUGCAGCUAAAAUAUUAUGUUCAUUUUUCACAUGGCCUGGUCUUUCCCCUUCCCACCCCCGUAAUAUUCUUAAGGUGGUCUCUUCUCCAGCCUUGGAGGGUUGCUGGAAGUGAGGAGGCAGAAAAAGUUCUCCCUUUCCUUCCACUCUGCAGUUUUAAUCGGAAAUCUUAGGCGCAGUACUGCCCCCAGAACUCAGAAAUGGCUCGUGCUGAUGGAAUUCCCUGUCGCAAAAUGCGCCUAGAACAGUGGGAGUUUCGAACACUGCCAGGACUUUUUUUGAGGACCAAACUCAAUCAGGCAAGAACUGCCACUCUGAACCAGCAGGCAGACCCACCCAAAAAGUCAAUACCCUUUCUUGAGAGGAGUGCUGCUCCUUGUUUUUAACUCCUGCCUGUAGCCUGCACCUUUGAGAAGAGAGCUUUCGUGGUUUCUCUUGUUUGUGCAUUGUUAAAGCUGCUCCUCUAAUUUCUAAACUUUACCCCAUGAUCUUAGUGUUUUCUGCCUCGGUCCUGCCAAUCACCACCCUGCAGACCUUUGGGCCAAAAAGCAGGAUAUAAAUAUAACACAACAAAAACCAUGUAUGGUUCUGCUCUCCUUCUUUGGUAUUCCUAUCCCCAGUGAGCUGGUCAACACCAAGCUCUCCCACUCACCCCUUCUCUCAGCUUCUGGCCUUGGAGAAGAAUUUGGUGCUAGUAAUACCAUGGUGGGCAGCUGGGAAGAUUCCUGAAGAGUGGCCAGAUAAAAUCUCUUCUGUGAGACUCUGUCAGAACUCAGUCAGCACGCAUGCAAGUCUGCCAAACUGUGGAGGUCUUUUGCAAGAUCAGUGAGGCCACAUCAAUGGUCCUCAUUGACGAAUCCAUCAAGUGACUGGAACUCAUAGCUGUGCCGUUCACGUGUCAAGUUGAUACUACGAGGGCAUGUAGACUAGGAUUCUGAGUGAUUGCAAAAGUUCUCCAGGCUGAGCCUGGAAGAUCUUUAACUGGGAUGGUUUUGGAGGUGUGGCUAUUCACACAAUGUUUAGGAUACGUGUUGACCCCGGAGGGGAAAAUAAGUCUUCUCCCAAAGAUGAUGCUAUAAGCACCAAAUGCAAAUAUUUCACAAUGAAUUUGAAAACUACCACCACCUUUGCAGCUUCUAGAUUGCAGCUAACGUACUUAAUCAAGUUCUGGGGCUGCAUCACAGCACGUAGGCUUAAAAAGAAUGCUUUUCAGGUAACAUAUACCUAUAUAAUCAUGUGGCUAUACCAUCUUAUGCCUGCAUAGUUGUAUGAGCUAAUUCUGAAUAUAAUAUACUGCAGUAUAUUGAAUAAAGGUACCCCUGCCCGUCAGGGCCAGUCGUGACCGACUCUAGGGUUGCGCGCUCAUCUCACUCUAUAGGCCGGGAGCCGGCGCUGUCCGAAGACACUUCCGGGUCACGUGGCCAGCGUGACGAAGCUGCAUCUGGCGAGCCAGCACCAACGCCGCACACGGAAACGCCGUUUACCUUCCCGCUAGAAAGCGGUUCCUAUUUAUCUACUUGCACCCGGAGGUGCUUUCGAACUGCUAGGUGGGAAGGAGCUGGGACCAAAUGACGGGAGCUCACCCCACCACGGGGAUUCGAACCGCCGACCUUUCGAUCAGCAAGUCCUAGGCUCUGUGGUUUAACCCACAUCGCCACCCGCCUCCCUAGUAUAUUGAAUAGAUAUGCUAUUUUAAGUGGUCUAGCUAUUCUAGCCCGUUGGGAGUAGGGCAGGUUAGAAAUUCCUGUCUCCCCCCCCCCCCAAAAAAAAUAAGAAGUUGGAUGGUUUGAGGAUUCCAGAUUAAUCACCAUCAUUAUUACAAUCUUCAUGCCCUGGCUUGGCCUUUUAACAAGACCCUUUGGGAGUAGGGAGAGCUACGAUAAUCCUAAACAAAACCAGGUUUAAAGCUUUGAGCAUUCUCAUCUCUAUAAUCCCACAUUUAAAAAGGCAGCUGGAGAAAAAUGAAGAACAGUGGUCCGUUUCUUUUCCUUUUUUUAAAGCUGAUGGUAAGUAAAGUGGGAGUAGAUUUAAGAUGCAGAAAAGUCGAUCUUAGGGGGAGGCUAGCCACUGAGCCGCAUUCUAGUGUUCCACCUCUGAGGCUUCUUUCGUUUUCUCCAGAUUUCCAGGUUUUGAAAAACGCUGCCUUUUUGUUCACAGAACCUGCAGUGAACUUUGCUGUUUCACUGGAAGCUCUGGAGAUCAAUUAUGCGGCGUUUAUUUAUCUUUACUUCUUCAGCUAUUGUGUGUUUUGCAGGAUAAGCUCCGUCCCAUAAGAACUGUUUUGAGCUUGUAGAUAACAAGGCGAUAUUCUGGAAUGUAGCUGGUAAUUUGUACCUUUGCUGCCUUUUUGCACAUAGGGCAGGGAGGCUGGUUGCGAGUUCCCCUGACGGAAGCAAACCGUUGUUGUUUUGUAAGUUGCACCUAGGCAGGCGAGCUAGUCGUUUCUGCGAAUGGCUUGGGACGUUACUGUAGGAGCACAGUCCUCUCAAAUGUCUCUGCCUUCUGCUGCUUAUAAACACUCGAAGGGAAACCUUUGUGUGGAGGAACCUGCUCAGGUUGUAUCUGUGUGUACAGCCAGCACAACUUCCCUGUGGAGCAAGCAGCACCCUUGGUUCAAUGUGGAAGCAGUGUUAGAAAUUGGGAUAGAAAAGCUAGGAGCCAAAUGGCUCCUGGGACCUGUGUUGUGGGCGCCCAAACAGAAUGUCUAGUCGCCAUUUGUGGGGGUCGGCAACACUUUUUAUUUAUUAUUUCGAUAAGCAUGAACUAAUACGCAAUUCACAUAAGUGACACAUUGUUAAUAUCACGUUUUUAUCAGAAUACAGUGGUACCUCAGGUUACAUACGCUUCAGGUUACAUACGCUUCAGGUUACAGACUCCGCUAACCCAGAAAUAGUGCUUCAGGUUAAGAACUUUGCUUCAGGAUGAGAACAGAAAUCAUGCUCCGGUGGCAGCAGGAGGCCCCAUUAGCUAAAGUGGUGCUUCAGGUUAAGAACAGUUUCAGGUUAAGAACAGACCUCCAGAACGAAUUAAGUACUUAACCCGAGGUACCACUGUACAUGUUUAAUCUGGUGUUGACAAUAAAAUAUUGGUACCACACUUCAGUUUUCAAAACACUCUACUCCGUAUUGUUAAAACUCCUUAACAUGUUGUCUAUCCUUAACAUAUACCCUGAGGUUUCGAAGCACAUACAUUUCAGUAAUCCUUGAGUGUCAGCCGGGCGCAAAAAAAUGGCACCCAGACUUUGGGAGCUGCUCGCCAACGGAGAAUCCUUAGGCACAAAAAAGCGCCUGGCUCCCUGCUAAUUUCGAACGCUGUGCGGAAAUGGGUCUUGUGGUGCUCCAUUGUCUGGUGUGCUUCUUCAGUGACCUCCGAAGCUAUUCCGAAAGGAAAUGUAGUUAUAGAGUUAAAUUGUGGCUUCUGACUUGGGAUGCCUAAUGGCUGAUACUUCUAAUGGGCACUUCUGGUAGGAGAAAAGCAAUAAGGCUAAGUGGCGGGGGGGAACAGCAAUGUUGUAUUGGCUUCUUGCCUCUUCUGUGAUCUGCAGCUGGAAGUGUAUGGGUAUAAGUACACUAUAAAGGUGCUCAGCGAAGGGCAGAAUUUGAUCCUGGUGGGGCAUAUGGGUGUGUUUCAGUCACUAGGUAACUGUCUGUCUUAUUGAUGGGAAAGGUGGGUAGCCAGACUUUCUGGAGAUGAUCACAUCUUGAGAUUCUUAAAUUUAAAAGUAGUUUUAAAAUCCCAAACCCAAUGUAUUUCUUUUCUUUGUCCGGAUCAUCCUACUGGGACAAUUGGAGCAGUUGGAACCAACAAACAAGUAGCAGAUUACCUUUUUCAUUGUUAAAUUUUCUCUUCCCACCCUUUUGAAAAUGACAGGAAGUUUCAUAAGAUGUGAUGCGAAGCUUGGAGAAAAACGUAUUAUUGGGUCUGUUACGCAAGUUUUAAUGACUAUGACAAGAGACAUCUUGAUUAUUUGCCACUCUGGCUAUCCUGUCUGUCCUGUUGUUUAUGUAAGUCGUGUCCUGCAAUUUUAUCUUAUUUUUUUAAAAAAAUAUUGAUUGUCUGUGUUAUUUCAUGCACCUAAACCAUGUGGGAGUGUGAUCGCGGAUGAUGCAGCUAGCAAAAUCUACCGCUGUGGUCUUUUGUGUGGCUUGGAAAAGGAAUAUAAAGGAAGAGAGGUGAGAAUGAGUUCAGCAACAAGGUUCUUCUUUGAGUCUGACCUUAAAUCUCGGAGGCCUUGUUGAUUUGCAGCGUUUUCUCCUGACCCCAUCCCUGGAAGCAACCUUGGCAGCGGGCUUUGCUUUGAAUAGCUUAUCACCGAGACAGGCUUUCAUUUGCUAAAGCUACGAGAAAAUAAAUGACUUCUGAUUAUGCAAGGGAAGUUCCCAUCCCUGUCCCACAAAUUAAGGCUGCCAGGCUAACAUGCUUAUUCUAGGGAACAUGCACCAUUUGUACACCGUGGGAUUUUCUUCUGAGUAAGCAUUUAGAAGAUUAUGCAGUAAGUAUAUUAAGGUAAAACGUGCUGGCUCUGGUCCAGGUUACAUGACCUAGUGGGAAUCUCAAGUCUGUAAUCUCAUGAUCAUGGGUAGGAAAUAAAGCUUCCACCAAGAACUCUCUCUUCCUUCUCUCAUGUAGUGUUAGCAACUCAGAUAAAUAAGCUAGGUGCCAAAUAGUUAAAUAAAACCAAGGUUACAGUCGCCAGAACAGAAUGUCCUUGGGGCAAGAUGGCUCUUGUUUUUCAAAGGAUGGGCUGACUGCAAUUGAUUCUCAGUUAAACAUCUGGCUACUUCAGAGGACAACCUUGAGCUAGGUUAAGAGCUUUGAGGGCUUAAAGAAGAAAAGUCGCUUGAUCCAGGGACAGUCCACAUAUAUAUCGGCCUAUUCCGACCCGUUUUUCUUCAUGGUGACUGUUCCUGCGCAGGCUGCAGAGAAAAAGAAAUUUGGUUCCAGAAAGUCACUCCUAUUGUGCAGGUAAAAUAGAACGGAUAGAAUUCUACAGAAUGGGGCGUUACUAUGUGAAAACAGUCCCGAUCCAAUGAUCCCUAGGCAUGCAGCGCCAGAUGGUGGAGACGUCAGGCGCUAUCCUGGUACACAGGCAUCCUCACUUGGUCACAGGUGGUCGAAAGCCAGGUGCAAAAUGCGCCUGGCUAAUUUGAAACACUAUAACGUUUUUGGUUUUAUAGAAGUAAUUUUUGAGUACUAGAAGUUUCCUUAUAUCAAAGUUUCUUAGAAUACGCAUACACUUUAGACUUAAACAAAACAAAAAAAUUGGGGGGAGAAGUUUGGAGAUGGUGGUCUGAGGAAAUUGACUGUGGUGGCGCUGUGGGUUAAACCACAGAGCCUAGGACUUGCUGAUCCGAAGGUCGGCGGUUCGAAUCCCCGUGACGGGGUGAGCUUCCGUUGCUCAGUCCCUGCUCCUGCCAACCCAGCAGUUCGAAAGCACUUCAAAGUGCAAGUAGAUAAAUAGGUACUGCUCCAGCGGGAAGGUAAAUGGCGUUUCCGUGCGCUGCUCUGGUUUUCCAGAAGUGGCUUAGUCAUGCUGGCCACAUGACCCGGAAGCUGUAUGCCGGCUCCCUCGGCCAAUAAAGUGAGAUGAGUGCCGCAACCCCAGAGUCGGCCACGACUGGACCUAAUGGUCAGGGGUCCCUUUGCCUUUGCAUUAAGCAAACCUAUAGGGAUGAGGACUGAGUUGUCUCGGACAGCACUGUGCUCAUUUUGAUCCUUUUUGUUUCUUGAGCCAUUUUGAACUGGGCAGGAGCCCAUCGGCUACUCAUGGCAACCAAACAAAAGGCAGGCUUUGCCACGCCAAUAAUUUAUCACACCAUCUUCCUUGCUUCAUGGUUUUUGUUCAGAUAAAGACGGCAGAUUCGGAUGGCGGAGAGAGCGGGGCCAAAACCGGCACAUGACUCUUCCUGUGUGUUCUGGCUACCAUCAGACCGUGAUUUGAAUAUAGACUAAAUUUUGGGGUGCAUUAAAAAUUAAGUCUUUAGCUGCGUUGUGGAUGUGCAUCUUCUACAAGGGAAGGGAGGUAAUUUUCCCCCUCCGCACCGCAAGAUUUUGAAAAGCAUUCCUGCAGGGGCUGACUGGCAUGCAUGCCUCUGGAGGCGCAGCCACUUGUUCCGCUUUUUGUAGCUGCCAGUGUUCCAUGUGGAAGAAGUCACAUGCGAGCCAUUAGCAGGUGCAGAGCUGUGCUUGUAUCAGUCUCACGAAACAUCGAUGCACGUUGACUUUUGCACGGGCCACCAGGCUUCAUGCAAACCACCUUUCGAAGUCUAUCAGUUCUGUUUUGUUAGCACAAUCGGAAUGAAUUUAAGGAACCCAAAUCCCAACCCCACUGCCCUGCUCACAGUUGCGAAGCAUAUUAUGUUAUGAAUGGUCUGUGUCACCAUUAAGAAAAAGAGGUUGGAAUAGGCCAAUAUAUAUGUGGACUGUCCCUGGACAAACUGACUUUUCAUCUUUAAGUCCUCAAAGCUCUUAAUCUAGCUUGUCGCCUGAACUAGCCAGAUGUUUAACUGAGAAUCAAUCACAGUCCAUCCUUUUUUUAAAAAAGACUCUAGAUCCAUCUUGGCCCAAAAUGGCAGCUAGACAUUCUGUUUUGGCAGAUGUAACCUUGGUUUUAGGGACGCGGGUGGCGCUGUGGUUAAACCACAGAGCCUAGGGCUUGCUGAUCAGAAGGUCGGCGGUUCAAAUCCCAACGAUGGGGUGAGCUCCCGUUGCUCGGUCCCUGCUCCUGCCAACCUAGCAGUUCGAAAGCACGCAGUGCAAAUAGAUAAAUAGGUACUGCUCCAGCGGGAAGGUAAAUGUGUUUCCAUGCGCUGCUCUGGUUUGCCAAAAGCAGCUUAGUCAUGCUGGCCACAUGACCCAGAAGCUGUAGGCCGGCUCCCUCGGCCAGUAAAGCGAGAUGAGCGGCGCAACCCCAGAGUCGUCAGCAACUGGACCUAAUGGUCAGGGGUCCCUUUACCUUUAACCUUGGUUUUCAGGAGGAGCCAUUUGGCCCCUAGGGUUGCUAUACAUAUCCUGGACACUGCCUGGUUUCGGCCAUCGGAAACAGUGUCUGGGCAAAGCUCGCUUAAAUGUCUGGGCAACCCAUGUCAGAAGUGUAGAUUUACUUUUUGAACAGGGCAACCCCAGCCUAACUUAAAUAUCUGAGUUUCUAACACUGGUUGCCUGUGAGAUGCCAUUCUGUACGUGGUUACCUCGUCCCGCAGUUUGAAAAGUUUUCUUACCUAGUGACUAGCUGCUGUUAGAGAGCUCUGUGGGUGAGAUUUUGAUGUAAAAAGCAAAAUGAGGUUUGUAAUCUGCAAAUGGGGUUCUGUUGGCUGAAAUUAUUGCUGAAUUAGGCACAGCCUUUCCGGCUAUCACCUUCCUCGAAUUUUGCUUCUACCCCACACAAUAAUGAUUUCACUUGCAUCCUUCUUCCAAAAUGCUAGAGUUUAUUUGGUAGUUAAAUAUUUACCUGCCUCUUAACGUGCAAUUGGGGGAUGUAUAGGAAGGUGGAAUAGACUACACUGCAGAAGACUCUGCAAAAACUCCCAUCCAUCAUUGUCCCGAGGGUUGUUUUAGUCAAAGUGUUUAUGGCUCAAUUAACUAUUGUUUAUCCAGCUGGAAGUGAGCUUUGGCUCCAGCUCUUUGGUCUUUCAACCACUGUGCCCCAAAUGGAGAACUGUGGUUUAUAUCUGUUUGCUAAUCACACAAAAUGAUCAUUUGAUAAGCCGCGCUUUAUUAUGCCUGGCAUGUUGCAUCCAAACCACCUCUAAAAGUUGCUUUGCGUUUUAUGCAGUGUGGAUGGGCAUUUGCUUUGGCUAACUUGUAAAGAGGUGAAGUGGGGGGGGGGGGAGAGAAUAUUCUGAAAUACUAGUGGGGGGAUUCAACUGAGAGGGAAGCAGUCUUGGGGGUGUUUUUCCCUUGGUGCAUGUCCAUUGCAUGUUUAGAAAUGUACCUCUCUAUAGCAAAUGCUGGCAUAUCUCUGGUACACAUGGAAAGUCCUUUGUGAGUCCUUUACGGGUUAGUCACUUGCAGUGUUAGAAAUUAGCCAGGCGCUAGGCGCAUUUUGCAACAGGCAUGGGUCCAGUUGCAACCAUGUGCAGAUCUCUGGAUGCCAGGAUGGCAACUGGGAAAAGCAAAAUGUAACUUAGAGAAGGAUUGGAAAUAUUUUCCUUGCAGCUUGAAUUUGUUUUAUUCUGGAUUGUUUUAUUUAAGGUUUCAAUGUCUUGUAAACAGCCUUGAGAUUUGUUCUUUAAAAUAUAAAGCGGUAUAGUAGUAAAAUGAAAUAAUAAUAAUAAUAAUAAUAAUAAUAAACUUCAAUGGGGGAAAAGGCGUCUAGACAUUCCAUUGUGGUGACCAUAACAUAGAUUUAAGGUGCUGUUUGGCAAUUAGGUUACCGUAUUUUUCGCUCUAUAAGACGCACCAGACCACAAGACGCACCUAGUUUUUGGAGGAGGAAAACAAGAAAAAAAAUAUUCUGGAUCUCAGAAGCCAGAACAGCAAGAGGGAUCGCUGCGCAGUGAAAGCAGCAAUCCCUCUUGCUGUUCUGGCUUCUGGGAUAGCUGCGCAGCCUGCAUUCACUCCAUAAGACGCACACAAAUUUCCCCUUACUUUUUAGGAGGGAAAAAGUGAGUCUUAUAGAGCAAAAAAUACGGUAUAUAUCUGAUAUUCUAGCACUGGUCAUUUGUUUCGGGGUUAGCACAGGGAUCAGAUAUGCCAGCUAUUGCAGGAUGCACUUUCGUUCAGCUUUCUUUUCCUGUGUAAAUGUUUGUCUUGCAGUUCUGUACCUUUCUGAUUUCUAACGUCCCAAUAACCUGAAUCUUCAUCUUUCAUUUCCGUGCAUGCAGAGAUCCAUGUGAUGGUUUGGGAUGACUAGGCUAUUUUCUUUUAUAUUCCCAGCUGCUGGUUAUGAAAGUAGCUAUAUUUUUCACUGGUCACUUUUCACAUUGGACAGCUAGAGCUUUUAACCCACUUUAGAUGCAUCUCAUGCAAGCUGUAUGAGCACAACCUUUCCCAUUAAUUAAUAAUUCUCUGCCUCUUUGCCUGCGGUUGCAUAAAGCACGUUGCCUCUGUGACAUGUGACUGCUACCGCUGACUCAGGUGUCCCCAUUAUGGGGCUAACCUGAGUGGAAUAAUUCUCUCCCACUUCUGGUUACUAGUGAAGACCUUAUAAGCAGAAUUUAAAGCAAAAUCCAGUGAUUGUGUGGAUUCAGACCACCAGGAGCUACUUGGAAAGCUUGCCUUGAAAACUUCAGGCUGUACAUCUCUACUCAAAAGUCAAAAGUGACAGUAGCAAUAUAAUUACUGAGGCACCUGUUGCUAGUUUCCAUACCUGACAGAAGCUUAUCGAACCAGAUUUGCUGGAGGUAGUUUCCCCAGCUCACGCUGACAUGGUUUUUAAAGAAUAAAUGAAAGAAAUUGGGUGCAAAAACUGCUACAUAGCCCAGUUACCCAAGGAACUCUCUGUUUACCCUAGAAAUCUCUUAGGCUCAAAUUUGAGUUUUUGGAAUUAACAGAGAAUCUCUGGGAGCAGAUGGCAUGUUUAUGACAUUUUGUAUCAGAUAGCAUAUUCUCCCUGUCACAGAAUGAUGGGGAAAGUUGGUUCUUUGAAUGAGUCCCCAACUCUUGCUUGCCCCUCAAACUAUACCAGCAGCAGACAGGAAGUACCGUAUUUUUCCGUGUAUAAGACUAAGGUUUUCCCCCCAAAAAUAAUGUCCAAAAUUAGGAGGCGUCUUAUACACGGAUAGUGCCAUGGGUGGGUUUUCUUAAAUCUUGAGUCCCCCAAAAUAGGAGGCGUCUUAUACAUGGGAGCGUCUUAUAGACGGAAAAAUAUGGUAACUUUUGAAGGUUUGGAUAGAAAUGCACAGUGUGCCUAUGGGUUUUAUACGUUGGUGAUGUUAAAAGUAUCAGAAUUUUUAUUAUUAUUGUGGGCUUGUCUACACAAAGAGCAGAUGACUGUACCAUUUUGAGCUGCAUGCAAUAGUGCUGGGGUGUUUGUGUGUCAAAUGUUACGUCGUAGGUUACCGAAAUACUUCUCUAUAUUUGGCUUUGCCAAAGCGCUGCUAAGUCUUUAUUGGAUUGUUCAGGGAGGGGGAGAGGAGAUUGAAGAAGAGGCUUGACUAGGCAGCCUCCCUCCUCCAGUCUACUGCUUGGGUGAAAACCACAUGGAAUUUUGCAGCACGCACAUUCAAGUCCAACUUACAAGAAUGUCCGACUGUAUUCAUUUUAAUGCCUGGAGAUCUGUUUUUCUCAGGUGCUAAAAUAAAAACUGUGGGCUUAUAUUUUUGCUACCGAUACGAAAUGCUUCUAAAUUUGGCUAUAAAUUGCUUGCCUACAUAAGACACCAGGUUGAGUCAUUAGCCUAUUCCUAGUGUUAUAAGACACUGAUAUGUCUUUUAAAUAGAAAAUUGAACAUUGGCACAGUCUCUGGCCUAAGUGUAUUGAGCAGAGGUUCCCUCUCUUAGUCCCACCCACCAGUUAACAUUAUUUUUCAUGGGUUGUGGAAUAAAGCUAGAGGUUAUUGAUAUCACACUCACUCUCUCUCUCUUACUUAUUUUGAAUUGUGGGCUUUUGACUUCUUGGAAGAUGGUUUACAUUCUUGACAUGCUUCAAGCAUGCCAUGUGGCAUAUGGUCCUUUGAUUUCCCAGCCUCUGGCCAAGGAGAAAGUUAGCCAUGCUUUGUUGAACUGCUUGUGUUUACAUUCAUCUUGUAUGCAGGGAAGCUCAAAAGAUCCUGUCAAUUUAACCUAGGAUAGUAGCAGUUUGGGGAUUCCCUGAUGUACAAAAGGAACAAAAUGUCUUAAUGUGGAGCUAUUUUGUCAUUUGGACGCUUCCAAUUUUGUAUUUUCAUGGGAUAAAGAUGGGUACCAUUUACUUGUUGGUCUGGCUUUUAAUUUAAUGCAUGCCUAAGAAGGAAAUGCUGUUUAGGCGUGGGUAGUGUAGCCUUGCAUGGCUGUGUGUGUUCAUUCAUCAUCUUGUCAGCUACAAAGGAGUCCUUUUAUCAUUCAGCAGAACCUUGCACUUCCUGAAGGCCGGCCAUGUAUAAUGCUGCCUAAAUUUCAACACUCUAAGACAGAACUUGCCAUUUGGGGCAUACUUUAACCAUGAACUCUUAAUUUUAGUUUAGUUUAGAUGGAGCUGCAGUGUAAUAUGAAUUCCUAAUUAGGAUUGCUUUUUCCUGCUGAGUUGCUACAGCACAUCAGUGGGUUGGGAGGAAAAAAGCACCUCUUUUGUGUAUCGACACCAAGAGUACUUGCACUGUAAGUUGAAAGCGGAAGUGAGCUGAUAAUUUCAGUAGAGUAGAUUGCACUGGAAGAAUCUGGCGAACCCAACAAUAUGCUACUGGGCUAUGUGCUUAGGGUAGGCGGAGAGCUUUCCCCGAUAUCGGGCACUGAUUCACCUUGUGUCCACAAGUUUCUGUAAUGGCUGGGCCAUCCCUCUGCUGAUUUCUGCUAACCUAAAUGGCAGGCUGAAGGAUAGUUCUGUCGGCAGAGAUGGCGCAGCACAAACCUGCCAUGCAUGCCAAUGAGUUAGUUGACAUACUCGUGUCGAAACAAAUACCCUGCAGUGCAGUUUAAUAGGGAUGGUGCAAAUGCUUUUGCCUACCUGAUGCUUACAUCUGUGUAGGACAUGGGCCACACGUCAAGAAAGAGGCCUGUGCCAUCCUCAAAGACCUUGUGCUUUCUUUGAACCCCCCUGUUUUUGGGGAGGGGGGAAGUUGCUGUCCAAGGUGCUGACGGUUCUAAAGACACGGAGGGCAUAGCUGAAUCUCAAGUGCGUAUUUGCCAGUGAACAGAUCAGGAGAGUCGUUUGGCUGAUGGGAAACAACAGAAGGGGUGUUUUCAGUGAUCAUCCCAAAGGUCCAAAAUUCUGUGGUCCAGGAGGUUUGUUUGACCGUGUUCCACUGGAUGGUAAAACGUACGGGGAAAUCUAAGUCAUUUUAAAAUGCCAUUCAGCUGUCAUCUCUUUAACACAGAUCUUCGGUUGCAUCUAGCCCAGACAUACUUGGAGCAGAGCCAUUGAAAUCAAUGUCCAUUAAUUUCAGUGAGUCUCCUCUGAGUACGGCUUAGUUGGAUCUACAACAGUUUGUAUCCAACCCCUCAUGCUAGUCUUUUCUCAAUUUUUACCUCCACGUUCUUAAUGUUAUACCCAUAGUGUGUGUGUGUGUGUGUGUGCAUCCAUUGUUUUGCCUAGCAAAUAAUUUCCUUUAUCUUCUGAGCCUGCUUCUAUUUUGUCGUACUCAUCUUUUUUUUUUUUAAUGGAAUAUUACUGUGUAUAGUUAACUGACUUUAAUUGUAGUAAGCUGUCUAGAAGGUCUGGAAAUAAAUAUCCAUAUAAAGAUGUUUGGUUUUUUUAUAUGUUAAACAAUCCCUGAGGAGGGAGGGAUGGAACCAGAAGCUGCAGUUAAAAAAUAAAAAAAUAAACACCCAAAAAAUUAAGGCGAAAAAAACCUAGCCAGGCAACCAUAAAAAUAUUGAGUCAUAUCCAACGUUAGUCAUACUCAGAGUAAAUUGAUUAAUUUUGCUGGGUCUAUUGUUGAGUAUAACUUAGCUGGGAAUAACCCGUUGGCUCCAAACCGUAGGGAAAUCUCAAGUAAGAAACAAAGAGUUUUUAGAAUGGGGCUUUUAAGGGCAUAAUUUAUUCCUCUAACUCUUCAAUAACCUUUUGAAUUAUGCCAGAACCAAGCUUGGGACUUCUUCCUCACUGUGGCUUGCUUUUCACUAGUUAGAAGGAGGAGCAGCCAUGCAAAGGCAUUGACCGUCAGUAGCAUGUUCAGAAACAAAACAGCUCACUUUUCUGUUUAAAGGAAUCAUAACUCAUGCCUUGCUGAACUGGUUGCGUGCUGUCUGCAAGAAACUCCUUGUCCAUAUAGAUAUAUCAUAUAUGCAUAUAGAUAUAUCGUAUAGGGCUGGAACAAUUACCGGUAAUUCCAGAUUGAAUUAGAUUUUAAUCUGAAUAACUGUUCCCUAGGAAAGCAUGAUGUGUUUAUGUCAGCCUGUGUGCAUUCUUUUGUAAGUUUAUGGCAGGUAGACAAAAGAAAACACGACCUUUGUGUGAUAUUCUUGAAAAUGGUUGGAACACAGUGUGCAUACUAAAAAAGAAAAGAAAAAAGAUGGUGCCCCACCCUAUAAAAAGAGUCAGAACUCAGCAACUUCCUGCAUUUCUGUUUGAAGUUUAAAGAAAGAGUUUGUGUAUGCACAGUAGAUGUGUUUACAUGUUAAAAUUGUGCUAGAGGCAAGGAGAAGUGAAAGAGCAUCUUGGGUGUUUUGGCACGGAGAGACAGUCUAGAGGCUGUAGGACAGGAAGUGCCAUGUCUUUUUCUAUUAAGUUCCCUGUAUCAUAAUAGACCGCCUCUCUGUUCCUGUAAAUAUUCUUGUGGAUGCUAUAACAACGCUUCAGUGAGAAAAUGCUACCUAAACUGGGAUAGAUUUAGAAACUGGUUUUGCAAACAUCUUGACGUUUUCUUUCCGGUGGGUAUGUUCGCUUUGAACCUUUAGAGUAGCGUUUCUCGAACUUGUGACUCCGGCUGCUUUUGGGCUACAGUUCCCAUCAUCCCUGACCACUGGUCUUGCUAGCUAGGGAUGAUGGGAGUUCUAGUCCAAAAACAGUUAGAUGCCCAAGUUUGGGAAAUGCUGAUUUAGAGUAUCUUGCUAUCUUCUUUUUGUUUUCUCCAUAACAAUGAGAACUAGAACAUUGCCCUUUGUGGGGGGGAAAUAGGGGUCUUCAGGGUUUUAAUAAGAAAGUACUUGCAAGUUGGAGGCGGGGUGGGUUGGUGGGUUGUUUUUCGCUUGAUAUUGUUACCAACCUGUUAUAAGUUGGCUUAGGGAUCUUUUGACAGAAAGGCAAUGAGUGAACGAAGGAACGGGUGCUGCUUGAGGUUAGACUUUAGGAUGUCUGCCAUUGAACAUGAAAGAAAACACUGUCUCUUUUUCACCCUUCCAAGAAAAAUAGGCUUCAUCUGCCUACUAUUGUAGGAGCUACAGAUCGGUAUAUAUGUUCUUUUAUUCAUUGCAUUUUUCUCUAUGCAGGCUAUUUUACCCACUCUGUGUAAUAGCAUGCUGAAAACACUAGAAGGGGGCAGAGAGGGGAAUCCUAAGAGUGACACACGACUGAGGGUAGGUUUGUAACCCAAAGGUGUUCAUGCCCAUUUUAGAACUGUUUCCCCACCUUCAGGUAGCUAAUACCUGACAUAUAUUGUGCCCAUAAAAUGGUACUGCCAGGAACCUCCUGGCCUGAGGUAGGCGCUAUCAUGGACUGUGUAUUUAGGCCUCAGAACUGUCUUUAGAUGUGGAUGAAGGCAGUGGUAUGUAACAUCAGUCUGUAUGAUACUCCUGGACUGGCCACGGCUGACGGCCUGACCUUCUGAUCUUGUGUGGUCCCUUCUACCAGCUGCAGUUUAGGUUCCAGUUUCUCUGUCCUCCAUUUCAAGUGUCAAGCUCCUGCUUGCACACUGGGUGGCCUACAAACCCUCUUUCCGUACCUGAGCUGAGCUAAUCAUAGAGUCAGGUUUGCCCAACUUGAUGAAUACAUACUUUGUACUGCUCCCUCUUUUUCCCUCUCUGUCGGUUUGGCAGAUAAGCUCUUUGCUUACCUUUCGACUAAUCUUGCUAAGGUAAGCAAUGCUAUCGAAAAUCUGAUCGCAGGGAAAUCUUGCCUUUGCAUCCAUCUGUCUUCAGAGGCAAUGGAGUGCGCCUCCAGGGGUGAAGUCAGACCGCUGUGUUAGCAGCACUAAGGUGACCUUCCUGGGGCACAAGCCAGGGCAGUGAGGAUGGAGGUCCUGGGCUGCCUAAACAACAAGACCCACCUCUCUUGCCCUCCUUGAUGUGGUCUAAAGGAAAGGAAUGCAACCAAGGAAAUGGGGGCAAUUGACAGGCCCUUAGCUGGCUCCAGCCCACCAGCCGGUGUGCCGGGCGAUCUCCAGUCCUUGGUGCAGCAUAAAUCUGCAACCCAAGUUUCAGAAGCUAGGGCACGCUACUGAGCAGAGUAAACGCUACACAACAGAAGUGGCAGGAGAAGCUAUGUGAGCAUAUUUGUUGUUGUUGUUUAGUCGUUUAGUCAUGUCCGACUCUUCGUGACCCCAAGGACCAGAGCACGCCACUGCCUCCCGCAGUUUGGUCAAACUCAUGUUCGUAGCUUCAAGAACACUGUCCAACCAUCUCGUCCUCUGUCGUCCCCUUCUCCUUGUGCCCUCAAUCUUUCCCAACAUCAGGGUCUUUUCCAGGGAGUCUUCUCUUCUCAUGAGGUGGCCAAAGUAUUGGAGCCUCAGCUUCACGAUCUGUCUUUCCAGUGAGCACUCAGGGCUGAUUUCCUUCAGAAUGGAUAGGCUUGAUCUUCUUGCAGUUUAUUCAGCAUACAGCAGGACAAAAGGAAACAUGUCUAAUCUCCUUCGUGUCCAAAGCAAGACAGCAAAAGCAAAAGCUAUACACAAACGGAAGUUCCCAGCAAGCUGUGCUGGAAUGUAAACAGACAUGUGACAUACAACAAUUCCACACGUCUGUUCUUAAGGUGGAGCGGAAUAUCCCAACAAGCAAUAUGUUUGGCGCCACCUUGACUUGCUGGAAGGAGGUAUACAAGGCACUAUCCCACCAUCAUAGGGUCUCCACUCUGGAUUUGUGUAGGAUUUCCUCCUUAGCCGUUUCUUCUCCUGAAGAUCUCCCGCAAGGCAGUGGAGGUUUAGUAUCAGAGUUUUCCUUUUCCUAGAUGGGCUACCUUCCCAGGUUGAUGAACCCCAUCUGCCCCUCACCUUCCUCUGCAGCACGUGCAGAAACCACCUUCUUGACUGUUGGAAUCAGAACUUGUCUUCAUAUGCAGGGGGCAAGUCCCUAACGCACAGAGGGUUUGAGACCCAUCGGCUACCCUCACCUGGUUUAUCCGGUGUGCCCACUGCUGCAUGUUGAGAGCUUCUAGGAACCACUGGUGAGAGCUGAGUGCAGGGUGAGGUCCCAAAGUGGACAAACUACCUCUGAAGGAGAAUAACUUAUCCCCCACCAGAGGUACUACCCUUCCCCUAACACCCCAUUUAGGGAAAUCUAAGUCGUUUAAAAAUGCCAUUCAGCUAUCACCUCUCUCACACAGAUCUUCGGUUGCAUCUAGCUAUGAUGUAUUUGGAGUAGAGCCAUUGAACCAAUGUCCAUUAAUUUCAGGGAGUCUCUGAUAUACAACCCCUUGUAUCCAACCUCUUGUACUAGUCUUCUUUUUAACUUUUACCUCCCUGUUCUUUAUGUUAAACCCAUAUGUUAAAUAGCAGUGUAAAAUGCUGUUUAUGGAAUCCCAUUUCUGGGAAUUGCAAGAAGUAGCCUACAAGUUGAACAAUAGCUGUGCACCUUCUACCUCUCUCUCUCUUCAGCGUAUGAAAGAAACAGGUGGUGGGGAAAUAGCCUCUAAUGAAGGUUGCCUUGCUUUUAAAAUAAAAGUACUUCGCAGCUAUGUUCUUAAUACUGGCAGUGAAAUUUCUCGAGCCCCGCUGUAGUGAGAGCCAGAUAAAUUUAAUGACCGUAGCGAUAGGGAUAGGGAUUUUUGCUAAAACAUAAUGGGUUUUAUAUAAUUCAUGAAUCUGUUUUUCCGAGGCCAGCAAAACAAACUGUUUGGCAGAUACAGCCUCCUGAAGCAUCCAGAGCCAAGGCAGCCUUGCUGAUUAGAAAGUACCCAAGUUGGGAAAAUAAUAUAAAUCUGCCUUCUAACUUGGAAGCUUUGAUUCAUUACUUGUUUUUCUUGAGCACUGAUUUAUUCACACUGUGUAAGUCAAAAGCACUUGAAACAUGGUGAUUUAUUUAAGUUAAAUCUGCAAGACCCCAAUAAUCUGUUUUUAUAAACUAAAUAGAUUCCCCUUUAUGCUUUCUGUGUGGUUUUUUUUUUGGGGGGGGGGGACACAUUUUUAAAAUUCAGAAACAGGUGCCAAAAUGACAAGAACAAGCAUUUCAGCAGAACUGAUAACUGCUGUAGAGGCAAAGGAUAUAUGCCAAAUAAUGAAUAAUAAGAAAUGGUUCAGAUUUUAAAAUAAAUAUUUGGAACAGGAACGCUUACAGAGAUGAAUUUAACCAGAAGGAAGAAAAUUAGUAAGGAAACAAGUCGUACAGAUAUUUUUCCAAACUUGUGAUAAGAUCACUGUGUAACUUCCCCACUGAAUUCACUGCUGAAUACAGCAUGACUGCUCUUUGAAUAAUACACUUGAGAUAAACAUCUUUUAAGAUGUGGCCCAACAUUCCUGAAAGCAGAACGGAGACCUAUGCAUUACUUCCUCUAUUUUGCAAGCACAUUUAAGCCUUAACGAUGGCCGUGGGAGAAGUAAGCAGAUGCUAAAAUCUAUUCCAUUAAAACAAAUGGCACUUUGGAGUGUCCUACUUGGAUUGCUUGGGGGUGGGAGUGAGGAAGGGAAAUACAGUGGUAUCUCAGGUUACAAACUUAAUUUGUUCCGGAGGUCCAUUCUUAAGCCGAAACCGUUCUUAACAUGAGGCACGCUUUCGCUAAUGGCACCUCCCGCUGCCGUCGGCGUGCGACUUCUGUUCGCAUCCCGGGGCAUUGUUCUCAACCAGGAGUACAGUGGUACCUCAGGUUACAGACGCUUCAGGUUACAGACUCCGCUAACCCAGAAAUAGUACCUCGGGUUAAGAACUUUGCUUCAGGAUGAGAACAGAAAUCGUGCUCCGGCGGCGCAGCGGCAGCAGGAGUCCCCAUUAACUAAAGUGGUGCUUCAGGUUAAGAACGGACCUCCGGAACGAAUUAAGUUAUUAACCUGAGGUACCACUGUAUCUGCUUCCGGGUUAGCGGAGCUCAUAACUCGAAGCGUUCGCAAGGAGGACAGUACGUAACACGAGAUUUCACUGUACAGGAAGCUUCCAUAUACUGAAUCAGACCAUUGGUCCGUCUAGCGUAGUAUUGCCUACACUGACUAGCAGCAGCUGACGGGGGGGUCAUGGGCUGGUUGGAUGCAGAGGAAUGGUGGGGGGAACCACCAAGGGAAGGAGGCUCAGAGCCCGGGGUGUGGUGGUGGUGGGACAACGAUGAGUGGCCAGAAGACUGGGAAGAGGGUGUGCCAGAAGCUGAAGAGGUAACAGGAUUUAGUGAGCAGGAAGAAUCGUGGUAGAGAGAAGUCUAGAAUCGGAGGCAGAAACCGGAGCCUGUGAGUGGGACAAGGGAGGCCAAGAGGAAGAGAUGAGUCAGGCUGCUGAAGAGUCUCCGGUGUCUGCCCCUCCUGCUGCAACAAGCUCCCCAUUCCUCUGUCUCACAGAACUAGAAGGGUAUUAUCCUGCUAAUACUCUAGUUGCUGUGGUUUGCCACCCCCAUGUCUCUUCUCAAACUCUGCCUCUUUUUAGGCAGUUCUUAGUUCCAUCAUUGUACUGCUUCUUUCCUGCUAACGCAUGAAGUUUUAGCUCAGUCUCCCCCCCCCCCCCCGAUUUAUAAUCUGCUGUUCAUUCCGCUAUAUUUCUGCUACUCUGCUCAUUAUUUGCUUUCCGUGCCGCCUCUUUCUGAAACAUCUCUGUUGCCUUCUUCUGGUGACCUUCCUAUUAAUUUUUCCUCAUAUAAAACUACUUGUACUAGUGGUCAUAUUAAUCCUCAUACUUAAAAAGAAACCUCCAAACAAAAAACCCUACUACCAGCGCUGAUUCCUGCAGUGCUUAUUUCUCUUUUUGUAACAUUUUAAUUUUUUGGCUGAGCUUCCUUUUGAAUCUGCUUUAGUUUCUUCCAUUUAAAAACAAGAACACACCCAUUUUACAUUGUUCACUAUUGUCUACUUCCUCUUCCUCUUUAUGUUUAAAAAAUUUCACUUUUUUAAAAAAAAUGUUUAACUGGCAUUAUCUUCCCUCCAAAUUAAAGUGGUAAGCAGCAUUAAAUAAUUAAACCAACGCUUGUUGCAUGAAUGAACUAAAGAACACAAAAGAGCAGCAAACAGAAGCAACAACACAUAUCUGCAACAAAGCCCACCAAGGUCAUGAAAUCAAUAAAAGCCAGGGGGAAAUCAAUGAAUGGUAUGGUAAAAGGAAAUGAGGAAAACCCACAUCAGGAAAUAUACAAUAUGCCUCUGAAAAGUCAAGUUUUUUUGAACGCUAGAUGAUGUAGUCUUUCAUAUCUUAAGAGGUGCGGAGAAACCAGAUUGCUGUGAAAGUUUCCCUAAAGUUUAAAAUUUCCCCUUUCUUAAUGUUUGCAAUUAAAGUCUCCAGUGUAAUUAGGCCAUUGUUUACUAAGUCUUCAAAAAAACACACACCAUGAUGUUCUGGGCUACAGACCAGGUGUGGAAAAUUACAGUACUUGCUUACUGCUUUACGAUGUAAAUAACUGUUGCAAAUAACAAUUAGAGUCAAAGGUUGUUGGGCAUCUUAAAUAACAGGCAUUGCUGUUCUUCUCUGUAAUUACAGUGGGCCUAAAACAGGUUAUACAGUUUUAUGUCCCAUGAAAUCAGGAGUUGCGCCUGAAGCCUGUGAAAAAGAUUCCAUGAUAGGAAGUUCUACUCACCGUUCUCAGGGAGCGGCGUUUGUAUGGCUCUCCGCCAAGCCAGGGAAGCCUUUUGCGCCUGACGUGGCCUGCAGAGGAUGCCACUUCCUUCUUCAGCCACGGGGGUUACUGUGGCCAACCUUGGCACCAGCCAAUCCUGUGGGUGGGGCAACGGGCAUGGCCUGGGGACCAGACCCCAUGUUUUCAGGGUGGGCAUUUAACGGGGCUGUGCCUGGACCUUACAGCUCCGUCAGAGUUGGAUCUCCCACCCUUUACAGCAGUGGUGGCCAAACUCGGCCUGCCAGAUGUUUUGGGACUACAGUUCCCAUCAUCCCUGACCACUGGUUCUGUUAACUAGGAUGAUGGGAGUUGUAGUCCCAAAACAUCUGGAGGGCCGAGUUUGGCCACCACUGCUUUACAGUGUAGUCUGCCUUGCCCAAAGGUGAGCUAGCAGGUCAUGCUUAGACCUUGCCAUGGAAGUUGUGGCAAGGUGUAGACCUGUGGCUCCGAUCUGGUGGAACACUCUGUCACAAGAGACCAGGGCCCUGCGGGACUUGACAUCUUUCCGCAGGGCCUGCAAGACAGAGCUGUUCCACCAGGCCUUUGGCCAGGGCACAGCCUGACUCCCUCCCUCGGCAAUCUUCGCGGAGCUCUGGCCCAAUGGUUGCCAGUGGCUUGAUUUGAAUUAAUUUUAUAAUGAAUGAUUUUAGAGUGUUGUUUGUGUUGUACUUUUGUACUGUUUUAUUGUUGUUAGCCGCCCUGAGCCCGGCUUCGGCUGGGGAGGGUGGGAUAUAAAUAAAAUUUUUUAUUUUUAUUAUUAUUAUUAUUAUUAUUAUUAUUAUUAUUAUUGCCAUGGAGAUACAGUGGUACCUCGGGUUACAUACGCUUCAGGUUACAUACGCCUCAGGUUCCAGACUCCGCUAACCCAGAAAUAUUACCUCAGGUUAAGAACUUUGCUUCAGGAUGAGAACAGAAAUCGUGCUCCGGCGGCGCGGCGGCAGCAGCAGGAGGCCCCAUUAGCUAAAAUGGUGCUUCAGGUUAAGAACAGUUUCAGGUUAAGUACAGACCUCCGGAACGAAUUAAGUACUUAACCUGAGGUAUCACUGUACCUGGUCACCAUAUCUGGGGCCAGGCAGGAAUUUCCCCUCCAGUCAAAUUGGGCCUGCCUGGGGGUUUUGCCUACCUCGUAGCAAUUGUCACAACUGGUUGGCAGCUAAGGCAUUGGGUUGGAUCCUUGGUCAAGGCAGAGGAGGUGGGGCUUAGGAACCCCUUCCACCUCAAAGAAAGUGGGGUACCCUGCUAAAGGUGUCCAAGGGGAGGUGCUCCUGUCCAUAUUCUUGAGACGGGGGCCAGCAUUAUGUGCGUCAAUAGGGAGAGAGGUGAAAAGGAAAUGCAGAAAAAAAGUAAAUACGAUUAUCAUUAACGGAAGCCAUUAAAAAUAUGGCAGUUGCUUAGCCGCUGCUGUUCAGUGAAGCCCCCUGUCCGACUGUGAUGUUGUGGCCAGAGGUUGUUUGGCUGUGGUGGCGGUGGGUUUGUGGGUAGAGCUCGGGCUUUGGCAAAGCAGAGUCUAUGUUUCGGCAUGGCAUGGUAAGGCAAGAGGCAUCAGCAAGGUCGGAGAUGUGUGGAACGAAUCUGGCGCUCCAAUUGUACCACCACAACCUCAACCUGAAAUUAUAGAACCUUCGCUGAGAUCCCUUGUAGCCUAAUCUUACUUGCUAUAUCCUUACGUGGGAAGCUUAAUUCUCAACAAGGCUGGAGCUAUUACAUUUCUUUUUAAAAAAAUAAAAAUUCAUUGGGCAUUAACUGCAUGUCAGAAAACAGUUAAUAUUUGUUCUCAUAUUCUCCACCGAUAAGGGCAAAUCUCCUUUAAAAUAUACACACAGAAGCACAGAAUUAGUUCAGCAGCAGCUGUUGCUCUGGUAGGGUACGUGGUGGUUUUAAGACUUGCACGAACAUGUUCCGGGGGGUGGAAAUAUUCCCAGGAGACGUAAACAUGCCCUUUCUGAGCUGAUGGUGGAUUUGAUUAUGAAACGGAGCUCCACAUUGACCAUAACAUUUGGAGACUAGGAUGGGCUUUGAGUGGGUGUUUUUGAUCGUGCCUGGUAGAGAAACUGCCUUUAGUAUAUUAAUGAGACAUAAUGACAGUGGCGAUAGAGAUCUGGUGGGGUCAUUGUGGAGUCUUCCAGAGGCAUUUGUUUUAAGCCCUGCAGACAUUGGAGUGGAAUGAAAGUCAUUCUAGAAUAAGAUUAGGCCUGGCUCCUUCUUGUUCUACUGCUGUGUCUUUAUGCUUUUAACUAAGAAUGGAGCAUUAAGAAUUCCCUGCUAAUCCAAACUCCGUUACAAUGGUAGUUCAAAGAAGUGGACUUUUUUUUUUUUUUACAAGUAGCAGGUCUGUCUUUUUGAAAGAGCGAUAUUUUAUAAAAGUUAUAAUGGGUGGUGAAAAUACAGUGAGUGUUUGUGGGGCAACUGCUAGGAUUAUUCUUGAACAGCACAGAACAGCUGCAAAGGUUAUGUGUUGUGAGAAUGCGGUUUCCGUAAGGAAUCUUCACGAACUUAGUGUCUUCCAGAUGUUUUGCUGUACUGCAUCAUCCUUGAUCGCGGGGACCAGUUGUCUUUCAGAACAUCUGGAGGGCACCAGGUUGGGAAAGACUGUAUUAGAACGUCUUUUUAUAGUAACCUAUGAAAUUCAUUCAUUCAUUCAUUGUCUUAAAUCUUGAAACAAAGUAUAAAUCAUUAUUUUAUAACAAUUGUGGAGAACCUGUGACCUUUCAGAUGUGGUUGGACUCGAACUCCCAUGACCCUUAGCGGCCGUGCCUAAUGUUCAAGGGUGAUGGGACUUGUAUUCCAGCCAUUUAGCCAUUUAGAAGGCCACAGGUUCCCCACUCUUCUUUACUAUAACUAUCCCUUUGGGGAUUUCAACCCUAAACAAUAGCAAUGGUUUGUAACGCAGCUUGAAAAGAGAUCUUAGAUGUGUUGAGGGUUUAUGUGUGAGUGUGGCAUAGCUUUCACAAGAUUUGUAAACUACCCUUUUGUAAACUACCCUUUUGAUAUUUUUUGCAACUUGGAUGAUAGGAGAGCCCAAAAUAAUGGGUGUUCCAUGGCACCAAAAAUCAUAUGUUCAGUUGAUAUGCCCUAUUCUGUAGUGGUGCUGUGGUCUAAAGCACAGAGCCUAGGGCUUGCCGAUCAGAAGGCUGGCGGCUUGAAUCCCCACGACGGGGUGAGCUCCUGUUGCUUGGUCCCAGCUCCUGCCCACCUAGCAGUUUAAAAGCACGUCAAGUGCAAAUAGAUAAAUAGGUACCGCUCCAGCGGGAAGGUAAACAGCGUUUCCAUUCGCUGCUCUGGUUCGCCAGAAGCGGCUUAGUCAUGCUGGCCACAUGACCUGGAAGCUGUCUGCGGACAAACGUCGGCUCCCUCGGCCUAUAGAACGAGAUGAGCGCUGCAACCCCAGAGUCGUCCACGACUGGACCUAUUACUUAUUUACCUUUACUUAUUCUGUAGUUACUCUUCCCUGCUGCAGGUAAUCUUUCAGGGCAGGGGAGCAAGUCUACCUGGUGAGCAGAGACUCAAGACUACUAGGACGAGUGAUCUCAUUCAUGUCAACUUUUGAUAGGUGGAGAACAGCAUCUCUCCCUUUCCUCUGUGCUCCCUUAAAACUAUAGUAACCCUUCUGUCAUAGCUUCCAGCAGGGAGGUGAUGUACCCAUUGUUUGUUAUAGAUCGUGUACGUAUAAUAACUUGGCAUUCUGGUUUCCUUUAAUUCCAGAAAUACUAUUCUCAGGUUGUCUAUCUGUUAGUAGAAAUAUCAAGAGCUGCUAAGUGCUACUGAAUAUAGUUCUGAAAACUAAUACCUGCACCAGCAGGAUUAUUUUCGUGCUGUUCGUAUUUAAACUCUACAGUCAUCCUUGCAGGGACAUUUUGCCCUCUACUGUUGCCAAUGUCUACGAUGAACAUGGAACAGGAGUGACCAGAUAAAAAAUGCAGGAGUGGCUAUCCUAUCUGGAAUAUCCAUCUUGGCUUGCUGAACUGAUAAAUCCUUAAUGUGUUACUAUCUGCAUUGGCUUCUUAGUAGGCUCUAACUGGCCAUUAGCUAGUGCCGAAUUAGACCACUUCAUAAUUCGUUUAGAGUGAGGCAUAUGCACAUCUUUUAGGGCUCAGCAAUGAGAGCUCCCUGUGGAUGAGAUACGGGAUGAAGCAGCAAGGAUACUCUUGGAGCCAAGCAAUCAUACCACACCCCCAUUCUGUACUGAUUUCCAGGCUCAAUCUAAAAUGCUGGAUUUGUACUUUAAAGACCUCAGAAGGGACUGUCCUACCUAAAGUACCGCCUGCAUUUGUAUGACCCCGCCUGAGUUUUACAAUAAACCUUGGGAGCUCUCUAGCUAUCAGUAAGAGAGGCUAGGCUGUGACAGUAACCACGGACUUGGCUUUUUCAGUGGUGACCCAUGUCUGCGGGAAAUGAUCUGACUUGACUUCAUGUGUGGCUCUCUCACUAGUGACUUUUAAAAGGACCCUGAAGACAUAUAUAUUUUAUCUAUCUAUCUAUCAAUCAUCUAUGUAUACAUUAUUCAUUCGGUUCCGUUGCUAUGACCAACUGGUUUUUUUUAUUGCUUAUUUUCAAGGGGUUUAAUUGUAGAAUUCAAUUAUUUCGAGUUAGGUUUUGUGAUGGCAUUUGCCUGCUGCAUAAUGAGGACACCGAUCCCGAAGGGCAGAAGAUAGAUAUCUAUUAACGAUGAUGAACAGAAGUACAUUUAUAACGGCUGUUUUACAAAUCUAAGAUGGAAGAAAACACUGGAUUUUUUAUUCGCAGAAGUCUCAAAAAUACAAGACUUUGUAUUUUACAAUAAUACAAGACUUUGUAUUUUACAGACUUGGCAUUUAAAAAAUGUAUUUUUAUUUUGCAGUUGUGUUUGUUUUUUAAUAAAACUUUUUUUGCUUUUUAAACAAAUAUCAAUUUAAACAAAUAACAAUUAAACACUUAUCCAGCAGUACAGCUAAUCAUGUUUGUUUUAUUCAUUGUCCCUAGACAUACACUUACCUGUUCAACUUUCAAACAUAUUGCAGUUGAGUUUGUUGAAUCCUGGUGCAAUCAAGUUGCAAAAGAGUAUCAAACAUGUAGAAACAGAAGUCCUCAGAAAAUUUGUGGUCCUCUGGAUCUUGCUGGACUUGAGCUCCCAUCAUCCACUGCCAUUGGCUGGAGCUGAUGGCAUCUGUCCCAACAACUGGAAGGCCACAGUUUCCCCAGCCCUGAACUCAUCUGCUAAGGAGACCUGCCACGUUCCCACAUUCCUUCUGAUCCUCUCUCUCUGCAGCCCUGCUUGCUUUUGUUCUGUCACAGCCAACGUUUGAAACUCCCAUUGUUCUAGGCCAGGGGUCAGCAGACUUUUUCAGCAGGGGGCUGAUCCACUGUCCCUCAGACCUUGUGGGGGCUGGACUAUAUUUUUUGGGGGGAGAAAUGAACGAAUUCCUAUGCCCCAUAAAUAAUCCAGAGAUGCAUUUUAAAUAAAAAGCACACAUUCUACUUGUGUAAAAAUACCAGGCAGGCCCCACAAAUAACCCAGAGAUGCAUUUUAAAUAAAAAAUAAAACAUUCUACUCAUGUAAAAACACGCUGAUUCCCAGACAGUCCAUGGGCCAGAUUUAGAAGGCAAUUGGGCCGGAUCCGGCCCCCGGGCCUUAGUUUGCCUACCCAUGUUCUAGGCGCAUCGAGGGAAUGUCAUCAGCGCAAGCCGUUUCUGAGGUCUGGAUGCAGCGCUGCGUCUAAGAUUUCUGAUUAAAACUGCAGAGUGGAAGGAAAGGAGGAACUUUUCCUGCCUCCCCACUUCCAGUUACUUUCCGAAGACUGGAGAAGAGACCCUCUUAAGAAUAUUAGGAGGGUGGGUAGGGGAAGGACUAGACCCUGUGAAAAUGAACAUAAUAUUUUAGCUGCAGUUCAUUCAUUUUUCAGCUAUGCAUUCUGGUUAUAAAAAAAGCACGUCAAUACAUUCCGUUGUUGCGCCCAUAACCUCAGUUUAAGGUGCCAUUUAGCUCUUCGCUUUCAUAUCUCAGUUUCUAACGCUGCUCUCUCCUGUCCACUCUGAGAUAAAGGGCCAAUGCAUUCUGGGCCAAGUAGUCAGGAGACUAUGCUUUUCAUCCUUAUAGGCAUAUGAUCUGGAAAGUUUUCUCAGCAAUGAGUGGAAGUGUGGGAAGUGGGUGAGUCAAAUGACCUUCUAAGGCUUGGGGGGGAGAAACUUCAAGUGAUGAAGUACUUAGGAAUGUUACACAGUUUUUAAAGAGCUUUAUGUGUAAUGAUUAGCUUAACGUCUGGUCAACUUGACUAACGUCCUUCAGUGUAGGUGGUUAUUAGUCAGGUAAACGAAAACUGAUGUUUCCUAUUCUCCACCUGCAUUUUGCUCCACAACCACUCUUCGCUUAUUUAGUCUUGCUGCUGCUGUUUGCAAAUACUGUACUAAAGUUAUUUACUCUGGUUGUAUUCCAGGUGGUUUGUGUUCCAAGAUGGUCUGUGGAGCCACAUCCAGGCCGUACAGUUACAGCUGUGUUGUAUCCCACUUUAAACAGCCGUAGCUCUUCCCCCCCCCCCCAAAAGAACAUUGGGAACAAUAGUGUGUUAAGAGAGCCGGGUUGUUAAGAGAUCCCUUACAAAUUUCCAACUCUCAGCACCAUUAAAGGUAAAGGGACCCCUGACCAUUAGGUCCAGUCGUGGCCGACUCUGGGGUUGCGGCGCUCAUCUCGCUUUAUUGGCUGAGGGAGCCGGGGUACAGCUUCCGGGUCAUGUGGCCAGCAUGACUAAGCUGCUUCUGGCGAACCAGAGCAGCGCACGGAAACGACGUUUACCUUCCCGCUGGAGGGGUACCUAUUUAUCUACUUGCACUUUGACGUGCUUUCGAACUGCUAUGUUGGCAGGAGCCAGGACUGAGCAACGGGAGCUCACCCCAUCACGGGGAUUCGAACCGCCGACCUUCUGAUCGUCAGGUCCUAGGCUCUGUGGUUUAACCCAUAGCGCCACUCCCGUCCCUCAGCGCCCUUAACAAGCUACAAUUCCCAAUAUUCUUUUUUUGGGGGGGAGGGGGAGCUGUGGCAGUUAAGAGUAGUAAAUGUGUACUUUAAAUGUGUGUGGGUCUAUGUGAAUGUGACCUGGGUCUCCAGUUUAUAGCCUCACGCAGUAACAUUAGUGUCGAGUUAAUCCAGGGUUUCAUUUUGAGAUUUGGACCUGGAUUUUGCCCAUGUAUCCACUGCUGUACUGCUUGUAGCUCGUAGUUCAACUAGGCCAGGGCUCUUUUACCACCCCCUUCCCCCCCGUAGCUGUUAAAAUAAAAGCAGCUGCUUUUGUAGGCGAUAUUAUGCCUUUGGGUCAUUAGGCUCAAGGUGACAUUGCUGCUGCCGCUUCAUUGCUUACUGGUCCGUGUUCCAGGGAAGUUAAAAGCUGUGUUUUGGGUUCUGUGAGAGCUACUAAUAAAUGAUAAAUUAGAAGCAAGCUAUACGUUCCUUUUUUCUUUUUAAAUCGGUCUGCUAAAAGCUUGUGGUUCUCACGGUCUGACUACUUACUGUAUACAUCCCACUGCCCCUUCCAGCUCCCGCAAAAUAUUUGCAGCACUAAUAUUCGUCUUUACUUUGGGGCUUGUUUCUGUGCUGUACACUAAAGGGGGCAGCAAGUCUCCCAGUUCUCAGGAAGCGGCUUUUCUCAAGCUUGAUACCUGGAAUUCUUCUCGCAAAAAGAAAAAAAGAAUCUCUGGUGGUGUUGACUCAAGAGGCCUUAGGCAUACAGAAAUUGCGGCAUCGCCAAAUUAUUUCGUAACAAUUUUCGUGGCACCACGGUGCUGAGUUGAAUUGGUCUGUCUGAAUUGGUCAUCUGCUGUGAUGAAUAUUUAGGGGGGGUCCUGUGAAAAUAAGCCACAUGAAAUCUUACUAUUUCUGAUCAUGAGUCUACAUGGAUUAUUUUUGGGGGGGAGGGGGACAAACAUAGAAAUGGUGCUAAAAGUAUUGAUCAGUUUAUCAACUGGUCUAUUAUCAAUCAUUUGAUAAACAGAUUUGCAUUGUAUCCAGUUCUGGUCUUGUUCUGUCUGCCCUCCAGUUGCGAAAGAGUUUUUCUUUGGGUGUGGGGGUUAAGUCUAGCUCUGCUUAUAAGAGAAAUAUUUAUUUGUAUGACUACAGUCAAUGUCAAAAUGUUACUAAAAUUAAUGGGAGUUUUAUUUAUUUAUUAUUAAAAAUAUAAAUUAUUAGUUUGGAAAUGAAUGAGUUUCAUUUAAAUGAACACUUAGGGAGCCUGAAUUAUUGGGUUGAAAUUCUUGGGCUUUGUUAAUGUUUUCAUCUGAGUCGUAAUUCAGCCCUGAAAGGGUUUCUUUGGAUCCCUAGCUGCAAUUUAACACCAAUUCAAACAAAAUCUUAAAUCUUUGCUUUGUUUUGCAGUUCGGAAUUGAGGAGGGAAAGAGGAUAGGGUUUCUUAGGAAGAGUUUAGUAAACUUACCUUGAUGUUUACAAAGAAAGUUUUGACAUUGACACUAAGCAGAGUGCUUAAACUGCACCUGGAGGAAAUAUUUUUUUUCUUUUUUAUAAGCAAUUAACUAAUAGGGAUAGUCAUCUCAAAAGAUUAUGUUCUAGGUAUUAUAAAUCACUGGUUAUGCAAGUCAGAAGUAUGCGUGCGCAUAUCAGAAAUGGCUUCAGUUGCAGCCCAAAUAUUAAUGUUUUCGUAGGCACUGUAAAGCCCUGGUUGGCAAGUAGUUUUCCAGGAAAGCCACUGUGAGCAAUGACUGAAGAGUACUAGGCCAGCCAUUCAAUCCCGGCUGUGAAAAUCCUGUUGCCAUAGAUGCUGCUUUCUCAACAAUUGUGUGUUCCAAUUUGCUGGCAACUGUGGAGCCACGCAGAAUCCCUUGAGCUGAAUUGGUUCGAGAGCCACCAGUGGUUGACUCUUACUCCAAACUUGUUUCUCUAAAUACCUCCAAGUGUAACAGAAGCUGGGGGCUAGGAGAGCAUGCUUAUAUCCUUCCUUGCAAGAGCGGCCUUGCAAAGUCUGCCAUUCACACCCUGAACCAGUGUUUCCCAAACUUGCAUCUCCGGCUGUUUUUGGACAACGAUUCCCAUCAUCCCUGACCGCUGGUCUUGCUAGCUAGGGAUAAUAAUAAUAAUAAUAAUAAUAAUAAUAAUAAUUUAUUUGUACCCUGCCCAUCUGGCUGGGUUUCCCCAGCCACGCUGGGCAGCUCCCAAUAGAAUAUUAAAAACAUAAGACAUCAAACAUUAAAAACUUCCCUGAACAGGGCUGCCUUCAGAUGUUUUCUAAAAGUCAGGUAGUUGUUUAUUUCCUUGACAUCAGAUGGGAGGGCGUUCCACAGGGCAGGUGCCACUACUGAGAAGGCCCUCUGCCUGGUUCCCUGCAACCUCACUUCUUGCAGUGAGGGAACCGCCAGAAGGCCAUUAGAGCUGGACCUCAGUGUCCAGGCUGAACGACGGGAGUGGAGACAUUCCUUCAGGUAUACUGGGAUGAUGGGAGUUUGGAAAACACUGCCCUAAUUGCUGCCACCUCUCUUUGUCUUCACCCCUACAAGCCUCCAGACCGGAGGGAAUUCCUGGGCUCUCAGGCAAAUGGGGAUAACCUCCAGUUUCCUCGACCCUCUCCAGGGUGACAGAAAUUUGCUUUUCUCUGCCAAAACCUCUCUCAGCUUCCUGUCUCUCCCAGAGAACAGAGCAGCCCAUCUUAUACUUCUGUAGCAUGAACCAUGUGACGUAGGCUCAUGGUUCAUUCUACAGUUCAUGGUUCAUGUGUUGGCAACAGUGCAUGCAGACCCAACCGUCCCAAGCAAGGAAAGGGAAGAGAUGAUUUUGCAUGGCUGCAAGGAGUAGCCUUCAGAAACCACAUUUCCCCCCCAUUUCACAGUAUUCCUUUAGUGCUAUUAACAGCCCUUGUGAGAUGGAAGUUAGACAAUGCAGAAUGUUAGCACCACCAGUGUGUCUGGAAACCUUGCUCAUGUCUGGUUCCUCCGUAGGCACAGUUAGAUUUGUUGGUUGUGGUUCAUCAGAGCUGUUAGCCUCUUGAAGAUGCAAUGUUUUAGUAGCACUUGUACAAGAAAUAAAUUUUCUCAUCUUUCAGUUACAAUAUUAUAGCCGCCAGCCAAAAGAUGCUGGCUGAUACUCAUGGAGCUAUAAGCUAUAUAGCCCUGAGGCCUGCUAGCAGUUGUCUGUGCACACAAAAUGACACUUGUCACCUACAAACUAUGGUGAUUUAUUGCCUGGAAAAUGGCUCUUCCUUGCAACACAUGAAGCUGUUAAAUAAGAAACAGUUGCGUGUAUAUAUUGUGCCAUAAAAUGAUCCCCGGGAAUAGCUGAGUAGAAGGUUUAUUUACAUGAAAAGCCAACUCUCCUCCGGUUCAAUAAAGGAACCCAGGAGCUUGUCAUCUUGGAGUAAUUUUAAUAGCUGUGAACUUAGGCUUUGUCAUAGAAAGUCUUGGUCUCUUGGGGGGUUGUACUAACGGGGUUUUUCCUAACAUCUAAUUAAAGGAAAUUUAAUUGGGCAGGCAAUACUAUUUAUACACCAAGAGUUAUACUUACUGAUUUAACCUAGGCCUGCAAUUUUGUUUCUCAGUAUUGUCUUACUGCCUUGAGAUGGGUUAAUUGCCGCUGGUUCCUUUUCUGACCUGGUUGUUUAAUCUGCACGUAAUUUCUUUCGAUUUUUCAAAGCCUCGUUUAAGAGAUUAAGUGCUUUUUCUUUCAUUCUUCUCUCUUCCUUCCCGCUUCCCCCCUGCUAUACAGGUGCUGUUACAUCUGAACUGUGUUUCAGCUUCUCCUACAGCUUUGAAACAGCCCUGCUAUGAAGCUGCAAUUAUUCCUUUGCUUUUAUAGUAGAACUGCUGGCUUCCUAUUAGAGCUACUGACAGGUUUCCCAUUACUGUCCUAGUAGUCACAUGUGGCCCCCGGUGGCUGGUGUGGUGUAGUGGUUAAGAGCGGCAGUCUCGUAAUCUGGUAAACCAGGUUCGCUUCCCCGCUCCUCCACAUGCAGCUGCUGGGUGACCUUGGGCCAGUCACACUUCUUUGAAGUCUCUCAGCCCCACUCACCUCACAGGGUGUUUGUUGUGGGGGAGGAAGGGAAAGGAGAAUGUUAGCCGCUUUAAGACUCCUUAGGAUAGUGAUAAAGCAGGAUAUCAAAUCCAAACUCUUCUUCUUCCUGUCCUGAGUUUCUAACACUGCCAACCUGAACUGCUUAGAAGAGUGGUGGCCUAAAGAAGCAACCCAAGGAAUUGUAGCUUAGCAAGGAUUCUGUUAGUUCCCUCGUAUUCCCUUCUCCUCAAAACUACACUUCCCAGAAUGGUGAAGUACAGUUGUACCUUGGAAGCCAUUCCGGAAGUCCAUUCGACUACCAAGGCACGGCUUCUGAUUGGGCGCAGGAGCUUCCUGCAGCCAAUCGGAAGCCCCGCCAGACGUUUGGCUUCCAAAAGAACAUUUGCAGUGUUCGGGAGCCAAAACGUUUGACUGCUAAGGCGUUCGUCAACCAAGGUACGACUGUGUAUGACUGUUAUUGCAACUUCAGUCUGUUGGGUGGAUAUGCUCUUCAGAGAAAAUGAAAAGGUGACUCAAAGGCUACUUAGGUGAAAUAAAGGACAGUACAAGACGCCUUUUAAGAAUUGAAGCACCAACUCCCCCAACAUUCUCCCCUAGACUUCUUUAUUUUAAGUGAAGUUUUUUGGGGCAGGGGGUUGAAGCGGAGUGUUUUGUUUGAAAACCUAGCUUUAUGAACAUUGCACAGACUCGGGCUUUAAUCUCAUUUUGGCUCUUGCACAAAAUACAUUUUAUUGCUCUUUCACCAGAGGGGAUGAAGGUAACUCUCCAUCAUAUUCACAAGCCCUGCCAAGAACUACAGAAGGAGUUAUGAAAUGAAAAAUACUUUCCAGCCUCCACAGGUUAUUAACAGAAACUUACAGAAUUUAAUACGCCAAAUUAAUCUGGCUUGGUAAGCACUUAGACCUGCCAAUCAUAAAGUAGUGUGUUUUUGUUUUGCCAAGGUAUUCAAGCAAGUAUUUAAAUCUAAUGCUCUCUGCUGUAUGCAAAAUGCAUCAGGGUGGUCACUGACUCAGUAAAAUCGAGGGGCUCAGAGGCCUGUGAAUGAAAGAUCCUUGCAGAAAACUGAUUUACAAGUCAAAAUGUGGCUGGUACAUGUGCGUUCCUUUUAAACUGAGAGGUUCAUCAUAUACCUGAGAAUUAAAAUGGUAGCUUUGCUUUUUCAUCAUCUUAAUGUCCACUCGUAUUUACCUGAAAGCACAUGAACUGUGUAUAAAGCAUUAUACCAGAAUGUUCUGCAUUUCAAAUGAUUAAGAAUUGGAGGAUUUAGUUUAAAGGGAGUAGGAAAGUGUGGAGGGGAGUUUAUGUGAAGCCAUUAUUGAAAAUAGGAAAAGGCACAAAACGUGAAAAAAUUGACAAACGUGGUUAAGCGGCUAACACAUGAUAACCUCCUUUAUUAAACUUUUUUUUCUAAUAGAGGGAGAAACAGAUUAUAAAUUCUUACAAAUUAAAUAUAAACCUACAGUAAGGCAGGCCAAGAAGCAAUUUGAGGAGCAAGUCAAGGCAUUAACUUUACACCUUAAGGUGUUUCUAUGAUUACAAUAGUUAGCCAAACAGAAGAAUAAGCCUUGCUGAGGAACUUAUUAGCUUUCCUUUUUUUCCAAGAGAAUUCUUACCUUACUAACCUUAUUUGGAAGGGGGCAACCUUGUGGGUUAGCAACAAACAAACAUGCUGAUAGCAUCUGGAUUUUCAAGAAGCUCUUGACAAAAGUUAGUGAGUUUCUCUUUUAACUAAUCACUUAUUGAUAAGGCAAGAGGCACAUGAAAGGAAGAAAUCAAUGGAAUCCACUAGAGAUCUGUUUGACUUAUCGUGCAUUAUCUGGAAUGCACGGGGUAUAUGGUGAGGUAACAAAGUCCCAGCAAGGAUGUUGAAAUUCCAUACAGAUGGGAAGAGCUUCAGGACUCUCCAAACUGGAUAACCGGUCAUUGUAAGUGUAGAUGAGGUUUUGUGUGAACAUUAGGACAAAAAGCAACAUCCCCUAACGUUCUGCAUACACUCAAGGAGUCCAAUUUUACUGCAGUUACCCAGGAAAUACAUAAUUUGAAUUAGCUGGAGGAGCUUGGGCCAAACAACAGGCUUAUAAAACCUAUGGAUCUUAAUCACCCACCUUGCCCAAAUUUGCACACAUGAAGAAACCAGGUGAUGAACUGGACCGUAGAGCCAUGCUUCUGGUUCUGCACCCAAUGACAUUUAGUUCCCCCUAGCUCGGCCUCUGACAUCUAUACAUUGUGUGUGGUUUCUAUUGGGGAAAACCUACACAUGGCUUGUGUACCUAUGCAACCACAACUCCAGGCUUUUCUCCAACUCACAGCUAACACAUGCUUGGGGAAGUAACAGAUGGUGCACUGGGAACAUGGUGCUUAACCUGAUCUCUCUCUGGCCAGGCCAAUGAAGAGAAGAGGCAAGGUCAGUGCGGUGCAAACCUUCUGGCAGAACCAAUUGGGAAGCUGGGGCAAACUGUUUUAUCAUGGAUGGGACCAGCAGCACUGUUCCACAGCUCUUUUAAAUCACAUGGGCACAUGUCAAGAGUGUUUACAAACAAUGGGGGCUGCUUCUGUCCCUAUAAUUUACUCCCAGGGCAUGUGAAAAGUAAAGAAGGCAGGUGUUUAUGUUAUUAAAGCUCCUCUUGCAUUGCUGUUGGUAAAACCGAAGAUAAGAGGAUUACAGGGAGCUGUCAAGUAUACCGCACCUUUGUCCUACAUUCAUAGUGGUUUCCAGAGAGAUUUGCAAAGGAUUCCCCACUCCAGAAAAUUGUAUUGUAUUUCAUGUCACUCGUUCCUCCCAGUUGUAUAGGAAGCUAGUUGGGAGGGCAUGAGAAAUAGCCCCUUGUGCUUAGAAUUGGUGCUUGUACGAAUGUGAUUGCGUUGAAAUAGUCAAGUAACAACAAGGCACCUUUUCAGUACCAUGAGUGUCAAAACUAUCGGAGGCAACGUGUAAUCUGGGCUUCCCUGUGAGUUUUUCUCUAGUCCGUAGAAAACCUGGAAAUAUCUGAACACUGUGAUCACAGCAAUUCUUCCCAGUAGAUCUUGCCCCUGUGAGAUGGUUGCGGGGAAUGAAAGUCCCUACCUUCCCACCGCUCCCUAAGGCUCCUCCCGCUGUUCCUUCCCCAGCAGCCUAAGGCUCUGUCGUCUUGUCUCUGAUUGCUCCACCCUCUUCAUUACUCUGUGUGUUCUUGGAGACCAGUGGGGAGGGGAGCUGGUCGCAGCAGAAGGGGAAGACUCUCUGGAUUCUUCAGCAGCCUGCCCCAUCUCUGUCUACUGGCCCGCCUCCUCUCCUGCCUCUGAUUCGUGACUGCUCUCUGCCACAACCUCUUCUUGCUCACUAAGCCCUGCUGCCUCUUCAGCUUCUGACUCUUCCUCCUCCCAGUCUGCUCCCUCUGACCACCCAUUGUUGUCCCACCACCAACCCCCUGGCUCCGAGCCUUCUUCCCCUGGGGGUUCCCUUGGGGGUUCUCCAGCUGGUGCCUCGCACCACUCUGCAUCAGCCCAUCCAUGACACUAAUGCUUCCAGGCUGUCCUGCUCUCCCUACCCAUUAGAUGUGAGCAAAACUAGCAUUUUUUUAUUAUUUUUUAAAUAGAAGAACUAGAUUGUAUGGGGGAGGGAGGGAGCUUCCCCCACCUCCUUCUUUGCACUUGAGGAAUAGGCUUCCAAAAACUGAUCUGACUAGUAGUUUUCUAACUGGCCAUGCUUCUCUUAGCUUUCAUGCUAUAUUUACAUUUCUGUGGUCUGUGGUGGAGGGACGCAGGUGGCACUGUGGUCUAAACCAGUGAGCCUCUUAGGCUUGCCAAUCAGAAGGUCAGCGGUUCAAAUCCCUGUGACGGGGUGAGCUCCCGUUGCUUGGUCCCAGCUCCUGCCAACCUAGCAGUUCGAAAGCACGCCCAAAAAGUGCAAAUAGAUAAAUAGGUACCGCUCCAGUGGGAAGGUAAACGGCUUUUCCGUUCACUGCUCUGGUUUUGGUGUCCCAUUGCACCAGAAGCAACUUAAGUCAUGCUGGCCAAAUGACCCGGAAAAACUGUGGAGAAACGCUGGCUCCCUCGGCCUAUAAAGUGAGAUGAGCGCCGCAACCCCAGAGUCGUCUGCGACUGGACUUAACUGUCAGGGGUCCUUUACCUUUACCUUUUAGUCGGGGGGGGGGAGUGAAUUGUCAAAUUAUACACACACACACAAUUCCCCUGUGUCUUGUAAUUUUUUUUUUAAAAAAAAUAUUUGCUUAUCAAAGUGGAUGUAGUUAAAAACCUAAAAUCUGUGCAAAUGCAUUUAACUAGACUAAUUCUGAAUUCCUUCCUCCACGUUGCCUUGCUUCCAGUUCAUCUUCCUGGCCACCGUAGCUGGGGAAAUAUUUUUAUAGCCUUAGCAAUCCUCUCUUUGGUGUGUUUACUCAGAAGUAAGUCCUGCCGAGCUCAAUGGGAUUUCAGACUUAAAACUGAUGGUUGCCUAGGCAACUAGUUGUGAAAUCUCCCCUACUGCUGGUCUUGCAGUUCACCUGAUAGUACUUGCAGUCUCUCCUUUGGAGACCUGGUUUUCUCAGGUUCAGGCAGUGAUGAAUAAGCAGGCAUCCUUUUUGCAUUUAGUUAGAUCAUCUUGUAGUUGCAGGUCAACAUAUAUGGUAGGUUUCUUUGUUUUAAAGGAUGCUUAUUAUCUUCCAGAAAAACCCAAAGCCAGCUCUUCUUGUAAGAAUUGGGGGCAGGGGGCAGUUUUCCUAAAGUGUGGUUUUGUUUUACUUAGCUCUUCAAGACACGUAGGUGAAAAUUGAAAUCAUACUGGGCUGUGUAAUUAUAAGCAAAAAAAUUAGAUCUCUCCAUAACACCCAAAUUCUCAUACUUGCAUAGCUCAUAUCCGGUGAACAUAAUGAACAACAAAAGCCUGAAAUCACUGAAAAGAGAGCUGCGCAAAUGCUUUGAGAACUGCUCUUUGUGGAAAGAAAUUAAUUCUAAAACGUUGACUAAUUUUUAAUCGUUAAGAACCGCUUUUUAGCGACGUCCAUUGUACCAUCAUGUCAUGCCCCUUUUGCAAUACCAUUUUCCCUUCAGGAAAAAAAGGCUUUUAUAAAGAAGAACUAAACGGUGUGGUGCGUCCUUCAUUUGGUACGAUUUUAAAACUCUUGAGUUUGUUUAUCAGUCAAUGGGGGCAGAAUCUUCAGAUGGAUGUAUUUCACAGAAUAAACAACAUUGCCCAGGCUUGAGUAAAUCCGUUUAGGGGUGCUAUUCACAAUGGGUAGAGAAAGGGUUGUGCGUGUUCCUUUUUCAUUUCAGAAAGCAAGUGAAUGAGGUUAACAAUUUGUAGGUCUUGUACAGGAGUGGCUAAUCCCUGACCUAAGGGUCUGAUUCUCCCCAUCCCCCCGGAAAAAAACAAGGUUUUCUUGCUACCCAAGAACCCUCCCAUUUUGGCAGUGGCAGAGCAUGUUAUUGUUGUUUAGUCGUGUCCGACUCUUCGUGACCCCAUGGACCAGAGCACACCAGGCACUCCUGUCUUCCACUGCCUCUACUGCCUCCUGCAGUUCGGUCAAAGGCUGAGCAUAGGAAAACAAUAUACCGUAUUUUUCGCCCUAUAGGACGCACUUCCCCCCUCCCCCAGCCGCGCAAGCUGCCAGAGCGAUGCCGAAGCUGCGCGCAGCUUCGGCAUCGCUCUGGGACCCGUUCUGGGGGAGGGGGAAGCUCGGGCUUCCCCCUCCCUCAGCCCCGCAAGCUGCCAGAGCGAUGCUAAAGCUGCGGGCAGCUUCUGCAUCGCUCUGGGACCCGUUCUGGCUGUUCUGGGGCAGCUCGGGCUUCCCCAGCCCCGCGCCUGGGGGGGGGGGAAUAAUUUUUUUUCUUUAUUCCCCCCCCAAAAAAACUAGGUGCGUCCUAUAGGGCGGUGCGUCCUAUGGGGUGAAAAAUACGGUAAGCGGAUACUGGACUGGGUUGAGCAGAGAUGUCUGAACCACUUUAACGGGGAUGCAACUGACUCCUUUCCCAGUCAUUGGAUGGUUCAUUUGAGCAAGGAGGGCACAAUAACCCCCUCCUUUGCUGAUCUACAUGGGUUAGCUGAGGGUUGGUGUGUGUGUGUGUGUGUGUGUGUGUGUGUGUAGUGGCUACACCCACUACUGGAGGGUUAGCCAAGGGUGAAUAUAGCCCUUCGGCCAAAAGGAAAAGGUUAGCCACUCCCUGGUCUAAUGGAUUAAGUUUACAUUCAAGAGUAUAAAGCACAAUUUGAUCUGCCAGCAAUGAAUGACAGCUGCUUUUUUCUUCCUUCUCGUUACAGGAAUGUUUACCCUUGCAGAAGUUGCAUCUCUUAA